GGCAUCCUUUCCCACGUUGGAUCAUUUCAGCUCCGUGAAAGCAGAGAGGCACCACCGGAGCAGCUCUGCAAACACAAACACGGUAAGCUUGUUUCUCCUUCUUUAACGGACUUUAAUUGAAUCCGAACAUGCUCUCUUCAGUGCCUUUACAAGUUUUUCGCUACUCAGCUAUCUUACUUUGCAAUUUUGCAGCUGUAAACGGCGCGUCUUUUUCUAACUGUUUCAAACCUUUCGCCUUCUGCUGCCACGAGCAGAUGUUCACACGCGCGAGCUGUUUCCGUGGACCGACACCCGGGUAGGAGAGGCAGGUUUAGGAGAGCGAGUCCCCCCUCUGAGUGUGUGAAGUGGGCGCCAGGCUCUGACAGAUGGUGGGGAGAAUAUCGCCGUGCAGCCCGCCUCAUUUUCAGGCUUUGGUCUGUGGACGCGCGCGCUCGGUUUGUGCUCACCUGCCGCGUGCGCUCUCACCUGGGGACUCCUGCACGCUAAUACGAUAACAGGGUCUCUGGACUUCAGCUUGUAGCCCGCAGCAACGUUACGGAACCGUUAUACGCCUUCAUCACCACAGUUAUCCCACGUGUGCAAAUCACGUUAAGGUGCAUCAAGUAGGUCAUUUUCCCGGUUUCCUUCCAACAAGACAAGGUCAGACCUCCGGGCUGUUUGCUGGAUCUCUACUCGACAUGUUAACGAGCGCUCCAGAUGUGAGAGUGCGUGUGACUGAAACGGUUUGUGUGUGAGAGAGUGACCAAAGGAAAGAAGCAGAAAGUAAUCAUGUGCUCUGAGAUGUGAGAUGUCCUUCUGUGUUGGAGUGCAAGAUGCUAUGACACCGUUUUUUUUGCCUUUUGGUACAUAUUCUGAUGCUGAACUCUCUCCUGUCCUCUAAUAUCGAGUUACAGCUUGAUAUCAGAGUGGAUAAAAUUAUUUACACGAUAAAUUUUAACAAAACUUUUUAAUAAGUACACUUUGCCACUGCAAUGUGUUUGAUAAAGCUCCGGUGAGGAGUUUUUGAUAUCAAUGAAAUAGACUGAAUUGUGCUUUUUCAUGAUAUCCAAAAGCAAACGAGACAAUCAAUGCCAAAACUGACAACUUUUAUGUCCUAAUUUUAAUGCCUGAAAGUGGUGUGAGAGGGUAGGUGAGAUGUCAGCCCAGCAGCUGAAGAAACAGCCCUGUUAUUACAGUUUCCACAUCAAAAAUUCUCUGAAUUAUUGAUAGGUUUGACUGUCAAAAGUCUGCAGUAGCGGUGAGAUUUUUUGUCGAACAUCAGUACUCAAGUAUGUUGAAGACAAAAUUAGCAAAGACCACUUUGUCCACAGGGGGCGCCAAUUUGAUACAAACAUAGUUCCCUACAGGAGCUUUAAAUAUAAACAUAGAGGUGAACGUUUAGGAAUAAGAAUUAAAGGUAUCUUUUAGCAGAGUAGAUUUAGCAGAGAUGGUAUAAAAGUAUGUUCAAUAGGACCCGACUAAAAUCGGCCAAUUUUAGCCCAUUCAAGACUAAUCGGUAAUUGGCCAAAACUCUCUGAUUUUUGCAGAUAUUUUCAGAACUAAAAUGCGGAGAAUAAGAUUCGGUUUCACUUCGAAAAUGUUCUGCCAUUUGAAAAGUUCCUCGACUUAUCCUGUAGAUGGUGCAGCGACCUCAUGACAGUCUUCAUCCACUAACUACCUAACAGCACAGCAGAGUGACAGAUCUAAAGCAGGCAGCUCAGGGGCGCAUGGAGGAGAGUGGUCCACCUCAACGGUAAAUAAACCAGUUCAUGAAAUACGCAAUAAGUCAACAAGUUUCAGUUCAACCCACUUCACGAUGUUCCCCGCUGUGCUGGUCUCAGUCACGCUGAGGUAACGGUGAUGCACCGUGUAAUAUGCAAGCUAAAGUUAGAGUUAGCCAUCUGCUACACUGUUAGCCGUGCCAUUAACGGUAGAAUACACAACAGUACACAUUACGUGAUCGAGCUACUUCUCUUACUGAGGCAGCUGCAUGUCUCCAACUGAGACCAAACAGGAAAUGAAUAACGUAAGUUAAGACGCAGAGGCGCGAUCAGCGGCUGAUUUUUUAAAUGUCAGAGAAAAUUUUAAAAAACAGCCGUUUAAUCGGUAAUCAGAUCCCGCCUGUUCUUUACAAUGAAGAUCAGAUACUGAAAAAAAUGCCAAAAAACUGCAGUUCCUCCAGUUGCCACUUGAGGCAGUCAGUCAUUACCCAUAAAGCCCAGCGUUAAAAUUUGCAACCCCAAGCAAGACUGAAUGUGCUCUUUGUCUCCCUCUUUUAGAUAAUUUUCUACUUGUGUAUUAAUUACUUAACAUUUUUCACAUAAUUAAAGGAUUGGUUGCUUUGAGUGAAAUCAAUGGUGUUUGCCAUACUGGAAAGGCUGACUCAAAUUAAGUAUCUGUCCUAUCUGCAAAAGGCAAAGAAGUGGAAUUGAGGCAGCCUUUAGCCUCCUUGCUAAGAGCUACUCUGUUACAGCCAGUCAGUCAAAUCACCCAAACCCCUUAUAAUGCAAAACUCACAAUCUUAAUAUCUUCAAAACUAAUGAGUUAUUCAAAAAAAUUCACUCCCUGUGAAAUGUACCAAUGAACAAGGAAAGGCCAAAUAACAAAGAAGCCUUGGCGAUCAAAUAAGUGCUUAUUUUAUAACUUAGUGUUUGCCAACCCCCAUCCCAAAAACCCCCUUUAGUCUUAACCCCUCUGCCAAAAAAGAGGAAAAAUUAGAACAACGCUGUGGUGACGAAAAAGCCAGUUUCCGAGCUUCAAAAACACAGUUGUAAGACCAGUGGGUGUUGUUGGCAAGGCUUUGUGUGUUAUUUUAACAAUCAGCGGCCCCUUAUCUGCCCAAGACCAUCAGAGAAACCGUACAAGUGUUCUCAGUGAAGGGGAAAACACAGAGGACUCAGCAGCCAUGUUGAGGAGGAUUACAAAUCAAACAGAGUAGAAGAGCUCUGUUUAAAGUUUCCUUGAGUUGUAUUGUAUGUGUGGAAGAACAGGACAACACUUCUUUACUCAGACAAGCAAAAUGACUGAAAUGUCAAUAUGUCUUGGUACAUUCAUUAAUUUAUUGAACCAUCCACAUUGAUCAAGGACUGCAGAAUGUAAAUUAAUCUGAAAGUAAUGAUUGAUUCGCUGCAAAUGACUCCCCGCAUCUGACAAAUGAACCAGACUCUAUUCAUUUACUUUUCUGAUGGUACUAAUUUGAUUUUGAUGGGACAACACCAACCCCUGACAUUGUCUCAGCUCUGACUCACAUUACACUCUUUGUUUUCACUGGGCUGUUGUCUUUAGCUAGUGCCACAUGAUGAAUAACCUCAAAUCAAUUCUUUUUCGCCACUCUAUAACCGUAUUUGCCAGAGGCAGCCAUAAUACAUCCAUGGUGGCAGAACAAAACUACUUGCUGUGCAGACUAAUGUUUGGAGAAGUGAGGAAGAAUUGCUGCCUGUUGAGACAAACGGAUGUUUUCGGGGGUAAUACACUGAAGAAUUGGACUGAGAUAUUGGAUAAAAUAUUGGAUUAGGGAUGCACUGGCGUUAAACAUCAUUAUUGAACAAUAUUCGCCCACUAGACAGCUUCGGGCCUAUCUGCAAAAACAUGACACGCACAAGCGUCAGUAGACGAUUUUUGUAACAGCUGUUUGGCUUAAAUUUAAAACUGGAGUUGAGUAGAAAGAGUGACUUACUGGACAAACUCCGGACUGCUUUCAUGAUUAAACAAGAAAGAAAUUGUCAGCAGUGUGGGAGUCACUGUCUUCAAGUCAGAUCAGUGAUGUACACUUAUAAGACAUAUGCAAAGGAUAUUUUAAGAGGGAGAGACUACAAGGAACUACUGCAAACAGCAGUAUUAAAACACUCUCAACUUGAAAAUAGACAAAAUUCACUACAAGGAAGUAAGAGUUGCACAAUGUUGAAUUUAGGCCCAUAUUUUUGGCAUGAUAAUGUCACUCGGUGGUGUCCUUUUGGAGCCUGAAGCAUGUUGACUGUUGUCAUUUUGGAAUUGUGCAGUCAGAAAUGACCUCAGUAGGACUCAGCAGCGAGGGGUGUAAAAGCCUGAAUUUAAGGUCAUUUAUUCACCAGCUAAAAUGGUAAGAUACUCUUGCAGACUCUGAUCAUGAUCUCUGAAUGAGCUUGAGGAACAACACAAACCAGCCACCCCUUGAGCAUAUUUUGAUGUUAGAGCAACAGAGUGUAUACCCCGAGAUCUGGUAACUUCAAAACAACUUCUGUCUUUGCUCUGCUGGAAAAAAAACAGUAACCGUCCAAACUCCCACAACUCCCACAAAUACAUCAGUUUCUGAGAAAUAUGCCUGCUAUCUUGGGUACAGUCACUGAAAACUGGUCUUUAUGGAUAGGCAUUUUGAAGAAAAAUACCAAUACAGUAACAUAGAACAACACAAAAGCAUGAAGACAAGGGUUAAAUUACACGUUCACUGGGAAAACAGCAGCAUUAUUCCCCCUGUGGUAUACACUGAGAUAUGAAUAAAUACAAGAGUGUAUACUAUAUUUAUUCAGUGUAUUUUUAUGUACAUCAAAGAUGUAAUCAUAUUUGUUAUUUGGGUCUUUGAGUCUAUUUUUGCUGGAUCUGUCCCUCUCAUGGCAGCUCUGACAGCCAGAUAGAGAAGUACAGACAACGCUCACUCAACACCUCACUAUGUGCGCUGCAGGUGUAGAAACUAAACGAAAGCAGUUCACUGAUAGAGGGAAUGAAUCAAUUCACAACCACUCAGAUAUAAUCGAGUGUUUAACAUGUGCAGGGCGCUUUUACAGUAAUGCAACAGCUUUGCGUGCAAGCAUUUUAUAGCCAAGUCUCUUCUUGUGCACAUUUACUUGACGAAAAUGAGUAUGAGGGAAGAUGUGUUUUAUUGCGUUGUAGUAAUGUGCUAGAAGAUGGGGCUCCAGUGUUCGAAGCAUGAUAGAUACCAGACCAGUCUAGCAGCGGUUCUCCUAAAUACUUUUUACCCUCAUUAGGUUAUGAUGAUGCAUUGAGAAGAAACUAGUGCUGCACGAUUUUGGCCCAAAAUAAAAUCCUGUUUUUUUCCCUUUGAAAACUGGAUUUUUGAUUUCGAUUUUUUAUUCAGUGACAACUUCACCAAACUUAACUUUGAUAAUAAGUAAUAAAUAAGAUCAUCUCUCAAAUCGAAACCACUGAAAAUGAUAUAGUGCAUAUGCCAAGCCAGUAAGUGGCGCUGUAAUGCUGCUCAGGAAAUGCACAAAAGACAGAAGAAGAGUACAGAGCAUCCGUAUAAAAGGUUGAUUUGUCCAGACACAUGCAGGUGCCAUAAAUCGUGUGUGUCAUAGAAUCGUUUUAAGAAAGAUGCAGAUAGGCAUCCACACGAAGAUGAAACGGUAGUCGUUUACGGGUUUAUGCACUCUCUGACCCAUUUUCGAAAAAGUACCGUUUACUGGCACCCAAACACUGUUAUCAUGUGGAUGAAACGCUGAUACAACAAAAUACUUUUGCGUUUACUCCUGAAAGUGUUUCCGUGUGGACGGUUUUCAGACAGACUUUGUAGCGAAUAGUGGUUUGCUCUUCAUCCGAAAUUGUGAAGCCGUACCAAUUCUACAGUACUUGCUUGCUAUUGCCCUAUUUAGCCAUGAAAUUAUCGCCUCCUUAUGCAAAUGCCAUAUUUGUUUACACUGGUGUGUGUGGGAACUGGGGAGCACUCCUGCAGGAAGGGGGAGCCGAUGGUAGCCUGGAGGCACGAGACAUGAUAGAGAGGAAAAUCGAUUUGAUGAUUUAAAAUUUUUUUUAACGUAGUCAUAAUCAGAUAAUCCAAUAACAAUUUAAAAACGAUUAAUCGUGCAGCCCUAGGAGAAACUCUUAAAAACAAUGAUGGAAACAAGUCUUUCAGAGCGCUGGUUACAUCUGGUGCUAGUUACAGAGAGUGACUGGCAGAUGGGUUUGGCAAAAGUGUAGAGGGAUAGGUUUUCUGGUAUUGAGUCUGUCUGUCACUCACAGCCAUUUUUGCAGCUAUAGGCACAACAGCAAGAGAGCCCAACAAUAAAUUAAGCAGAGCAUCAAGAACCCAAACAAUCUAAUUAACCAAAACAUCACAGGAAACCAUAAAGACUUUGAAGAGGCUGUAAGAGCUUAUAAGAGCUCUUAAGAACCCUGACAACACAAGAACCUGACACCCUAGAUUUUACGGUAAUUGUCUGAUUUCUGCAUUAAAAUCCUGUGAAAGGCACAAACAUAAACAUGUUUGAGGAAAGAGGCUCAGUGACUAAAUUAGCUGAAAUGACAUCUAGCCAACAGCAAACAGCACCCAUCUGUCACUUAGUGUAUUUAUGCUUCUAAUUAUGCAUAACUUCAAGGCUCAAGGUGAUUCAAAAAGGUUAGUUGUAAAAAAAAAAUCUCCCCUGUGCAGUUAACAAGCAUAAAAAUAUGAGACAGAGACCUUAACUGUUCUGCUGUUAAUUUGGACCGUACAACAUGGAGCCCAAUGCGGAUGAUCUCACUUUUGGGGACAGCCCCAAGUGGCCACUCAUGGAACUGCAGUUUUUGGCACUAAUGAAGUGGCUCAAAUUUUUAGUCCCAGAGCCUGCAGUUUGGCUGCAUCACAGGCACUCCUGCUCCUGGUAUUGGCACCAUUAGUAUACGUCAAAAAGGAAAUUAUCGUCAACAACCACUGACACAUUAAAGAGCAUCUUAAGCACUGAGGCUUUUUCAAAUGACAAAUAAGUACACGCCUGCUCAGCACAUUUCCUCCUCUGUGGUAUCACUUAAGGUUAAGCUGUCUGAAUGUCAAGCCCUGACUACAAUGAGGAGACUGAUGUGCUGAGUGCUCUGGGCCUCUCCCCACCAGGCUGAUUUGGAAAGACUUAAGAGGUUUCCAUGUGUGCACAAAGCAGCAGAGAGGGGGAGAGAGAGGCAGAGAUGUUCAAAUGGAGCAGAAUCUGUCCGCGUCUGAGCCAGCCAGCCUGUCCCCCCUCCCUCCAAAUGUACCUCUACCACCAUCACACCCACCCACCCCCCACCCAUUACCUCUCUGCCUCCAUCUCCCAUCCCUUUCUAUGUAAAAGGCCUGACAUGCACAGGCUAUUUUUAAUAAAAAUGAAAUAGCCUUGUUGCAGUGAAGCGACUCGAUGCAGAGUGAAGUGAGACUGAAACAGCGAUUUGCAAUUUAGAGCUAUGUCACCACCCAUCAUUCCUUUCCUGAGCCGGCAACCAGCAAAUCGUCCUCACGCUUUCAUCCUCUAUCCCUGCCUUACAUUUCACACAUAUCUCAUAAGCACUCACACUCUAAAGACUUCAAACAACAGUGAAUGACAUGUUCUGCUGGCAACGAGGUUUUGGAGCGCAGCUAAAGCAGGCAGAGAUGUAAGCCGUGAGAGCUCAGUCUAUGCUAAUACACAAUAGCCUGGGAAGACAAAAGUGUUUUUGGAUGAAGCACUUCUUGUAUUUUGUGAGAUUUAAGAAGAUGCCAAACAGAUGCAGAUGCAGAACACGAGGCAUUACAAACAGUAAGAGGGAAUUGCUUUAAUUGGUGUGCGGAAAAUCAAGGCUGGAUCCCUUUUCAAGCAGAAAUAUGCAAAAGGAAAUAGCUAUUUAUCAAUAUUAAAUAUGAUCCAAUGCACAAAUUGACUCGAUUCUAAAGCGUCUCUUUGAGAAAGUAGGUCAGUGAAAAGAACAUUGGUUUCAAUUUCAUAUGUCCUUCCUUUCACAGGAGGCAUAUCAAUGUGGAUAUAUCAGAAAACGCUUUGCUUCUCAUUGUACAGUGCCAUCAAAGGCUUCUGCGAUACUAUAGGCUCUCUCUGUGCUUAUUUGCAUUUAAAUUAAUCAAAGCUCAUGGUUCAUUGUACAUUUAUUUAGUCAGACCAUAGAGAAGGCUCUACACUGUGUCAAAUACUGUAUGUUUUUCAGCCAACAUAUUAUAUGACAGAAGGAUGUGCGGGGAAAUCUCUCACUGUAAAUCUGAGCAGAAGACGAAUGCAUUCAUGAAAACUUUAUUAAAAUUUCUUUGAAGGCUGCAUCCCUGUGCACCCAUGACUCAUGCAAUGAUGCUCCGUGUGUGAGAGCGAGAUAAGGUUUGCCUCUAUAGGUGCACAAAGAUGGAAACCUGAUGGCUAAAAUUGACUUUUAUUGCAGCAGAGACAGAGUGAUGGAUGCACGUGGUCAGAAAAACUGAGACUACAGAGUUUAAGCUGCUGACACUUUUCAGUUCAUCAAAUUUCACAAAGAUCAAUGGCUCUGAUCUGACUCUAAUACUAACCAAAGUCAGAUCAUUAAGCUUUUGGGAAACGAGGACAAGUCAUUGAUUAAAUUAUUUAUGAGUCUAAUUAAUCUCUUAAGGGGAACUUCUCCCACCGUCGGGCAUUGAAGCAUGGGGGGACCAUCUUUAAAGGGAUGACAUCAAUCACACAAUGUCCAGGCACUUGUGUGUGACAGUGAACAGUAAAGUACCUGAGCUCCACCUCGCCGCCGCGCCCGCGGGCAUCAGAUUAAUUGAAAAAUUUUAAGACCACACUAAAAUCUGCGAGCAUGCCGGAGUGAUCGAUAUCACACAACAGCAGCGAUGGGAAAAAUAUGAAUGACAGCGUCUGGGAUAAAGGGAGUUCUGCUCUCUUAUCAGACAGUAAUGUUCAUAGUUUCUGCGCAGCUAUUUUUACUGCAGCCUGUGAGCGCUUCAGAUUAGCAAACAGGAGGAAAAUCUAAAAACUGUCAAACUUCCUCAGAGUCAGAUAACAAGUAAGACGUCAACUCGUCUUUGUCUUUCUCCUCAGUGUUCGGAAAACUGCAAAACAGGGGAAAAGGGAAGUGGGGAAUGUAUGACCUAAAAUAAGCAACGUUUUCUGCCAACAGAACAGGAAAAUGUCACGUACUGAGAUUUUUUUUUUUUUUUUUAACCAAGUCAAAAUAAUUCAUGUGAUUCAACCUGCAGAUAUAUGAAAAUGAGUGUGUUGGAGUUUGAAACGGGAACAUUCAUCAGAUCCAAAGAGCAGGUUUAUUUUCUCAGUUUGUCGCACUUAAAUUUAGCAUCCAAAGCCUCUGUGGUCAUCUUGAAAUAAGCUUUAAAAUCAGGAUUUCACAGAGAACAAAGCUUAUUGUGCUGUGAGGAAGUAAUCCCAACUAAAUGCACUUCAACUAAAAAUAAAAUUGGCUCACUUAUAAAAAGAAACCAACAGUUCUCAGUGAAACUUAAGAGUCAUUAAAACUGUCAUUUAGUUUUUGUACAUUUCCAAUAUGCUGUCUCCAUGUUUGUUAGUUAUUCCCUAUAAGAGUUCAAGCCUUUUGAAGUUUGCAAAAUUAAUUCCCAGAAAAGAAAUCAAGCGUUGGUGUCUCAAACCCGUCAAACACUGUGAGAUUCAGUGGCUUUUACAACUCAUGGCAGCUCCCCUGGAUGAUGGUUCUGAGCGUGUUGGUUCAACAUGUGAUCCUAGCGCUGUUACGGCAUGAGAGGUAACAGAGGCGUGACAGAGGUGAGAUUGGAUCAUCAUGAGCUGACACAACAUAGAGCCGGUUUGAAACAGGCUGCGCGUUGGCUGUGUCAUGAGCUGCUGUCAGCCUCAUCACCCCAGAUUUAGGGGAACUUUGAUUUUGGAGGACACCUUUAAUAAAGCUCAUACAAAACAUUUCUGUCUGUACUUUAGAGAAACAGCUGUAGUGACCAAUCGAGGAUAUUUUUUACUUUUUGCCAUCAUCAUGAUCGGUUCUUAGGGAGAAAAGGUGAUGAGGCAUAUGAUGAUAAUGAAUGUAGUUAUUUAGGUUUCUUCAUAACAUUUCUUUAUCACUCUUUGAUAAUUAUCUCCUUGAGAGAUAGCGGUGAGAGCAAUACGCUUGCAUUGGUAUAACUUUACUGUGUAAGUGAGAAAUUUAAUUUGCCUUUCUGCGGCUAAACACAAAUAACAUUUUAAACAGCAGAGAGCAUAUUAAGAGGCUUUCACUGUACUUUUGAUCAGAGAUUCAGCCAUAGACUGCAUAUAGAAUGGAUGCCAUCUGCCUCCACGCUGGGUGAAGCCACCGCGAGAACAGCACCCUUUGGUGACGGGCUGCAGUACAGGUCAUAAAUUCCGCCUCCUCCAGCAAUUCCUAUGGAGCUGUGGACAAACUUCAGAAAUAUAUGACACAGAAUAUAAAUUUUUCUCCUCCCUGCUUGCGAUGUUGACAUUUAGUUUUUUAAGACUGGUUUGUGCUCCAUUUUUAAAAGUUAUUAGGGGGUUCAUGUUUUCUAUGAUGAUUGAUGAAGAUUGCGUCCCUCACCUGUGGGAUACGCUGUUCAAGGCCGAGCGUUUUCAUCACAGCGAAUUUUGGCGACUCUCCCGUCAAAUGGGUACAACGCUACUGUGCGAUGUUGGUUUCAGGAAGUGGAGAAAAUCCUGGAAAUACCGAGAGCAAUUCAACUUCAAAUUUGUAUAAUGACCGGAGACGGAGCCAAGUUGUUCAUAGGAUAUACAGUCUAUGGAUUCAGCUCCUUAUUCAACUUUAGUAUUGACUGGUGUACUAAAGAGUGUUUGAGUUUGACCUUAUUAAAACUAAAUCACUUCCUUUUCACUGUUCAGAGGGUUGGCGAUGAUGUUGUUAGCCAGCCUGAGCAGUUUCUUUGUAGUAGGCUGAUUCAUAGAGGCUCUGAGGUGGUUGACCUACAAUCAUUUGACAGAGUUUUAUGCCAUGGGGCAGUUUAGACCUUAAAGCGAUGGACAUACACAUCUCUGUUUGCUGUAGGGGUUGACCAAAAUCUUUUUUUAUGUGGCCAUUUUCUAUACAAAUAGCAGGUCAGCUAAUGGAUGAUAUUUAAGCAAAUAUCACAUCGUUGUUGUUUUUCUGCAUUUAACAAAAUAAAACAUCUAAUCACAAGACAUCUUUUUAAUUUCUGUACAUGUAUUUACUCUGUGCACGAACACUAGCUAAGCAGAGAGAAAGGCAGACAGUUGGAGGUAUGAGGGAGAUCACCCAACAGGAAAUAUUCCCUGAAAUCUGGUGCUAUUUAGAUAUAAACACCUGCAGCAAAUGUGAUUCAUUACAACAAUUUACUGACAAAAAUUUACCAAUAAGUGUCCAACACAACAUCAAAAUGAAUAUGAAGACAGAAAUUUCACAUCAGGCUUUGGCCCUAAAGAAGUGCUCUCAUACUAGGAUUUUCAAAGAUAACUGAUGCAGAGCUAAUGCAGCCAUCAGCUAAUUAUUUUCUGUUGAUUGGGAAAAAUGGUAAGUUCUCUAUUCUCCAGAUUUUUGACACAUGAAAUAGACUUAAUACGUCAAAAUUAGUCAUAGUAUCUUUACUUUGUGCCUCUUCAUCUUACUUAGGCCAUGUACACAAUAAACGAAUAGCCAACCCCCUCCUUAUUUAAUAAAAGUCAUGUACACACAUAAUGAUUUUCAAAUAAAAUCCCAUCCACAAAAAACUGCGGAAGUGCGCUAUUGACCACGGUUAUAAGCAUGCCAGACCUGGAGUUGGUCGUAUUUGCCAAACAGUUAGACCCAUUCUAGCCAAUCAGAGCAAGCUUCCCUUUCUCAUCAUCACUUCCCCAAACAUGACACAUAGCACUGUGUAGUUCAUUCAAGUGGACCGACAAAAAGGUGGAAUUGCUUUUAAGCAUCGUUUUGGAGUAUUAAGUCAACAAGACAUAAGAAAGGUGGAGGAAGGGUUAUUUGGUGUGGAAUAACCGACUGCAAAGCACUCCUUCUCCUUUGCUCCUCACAAAAAUAUAUUCUGUGUAUAUCUGUGACAUCCACUGCCUGACAUUAACAAGGGCACACAGAAUAUAAUGUUUAUCUAAAUUAGUUGUCAUGGACAAUGACAUUUGGGAAUUUAAAACUCUGGUUCUCUAUGUCCACAUGCAAAACCGAUGUUUUACAAAGCGUCGUUUUUAAUGACGUAACCCUGCAGUUUUGUGUGGAUGGCAGGCCAGAAAGUAAAAAAAUAUAUUCAUUUGGGAAAUACCCAGCUCUGUGUGGAAAAGGUCUAAGAUUUGUCUUUUUCAGGCUGCUGUUUACUAUUGAACUCAUUAAAUAUCAACCCCUUUGUGUUGUCUCUCAGGUGCAGAAUGAGUCAAGUUGGGAUGCCUCUGAGAAAAGACAGUGAAAUGAAGGCUCACUGUUUGGAGAGGAAACAGAAAGGAGAGGAAGACACAAAGCACAAGAAGCCAAGAUGGACCAUCAUCUGAUCACCUCUUUGGUUUUACUUUGAUACAAACUGAUCUGGUAGUCUGAGCGAUGGCCGUACAUAUCGUGCUUCUUCUUCUUUUGGUCUUGAAAGCUGAAAGGGAUGGCCUAUCAUUGGUCAUUGGUUUGGUGGAUGAGGAGCAGGAUCCAAGAGUGCUAUUGAGGCAAAAGGAAGUUUUGCCUCAUCCAGAGGACUUUUUGGGGAGUCUAGAAGAAUUGCAAAGCCAGUUUGAAGAAGCAAAGAAGGGUGUGAGACGCUUUCCAAAUGUUGCUUUCAGACUUAAUGACAGAAAACGAAAUGAAUCUGACAUUAAAGACAACAUGAGGAGGAAAACAGUCACGCUAAAACGCCCCGAAUCUGCUGCCAAAUCCAUAAAACCUAAACAUAGCCCUGAACUCGUUCUGAACCGUCUGAAAAGAGGCAAUUUGACUAAUGGAGAGCUUGAUGGUUUAAUUAAUGCUCCCAGUGAAGAUGAGACGUACGCUCUUCAAACGGCGCCCCGCUCAGAGGCAGGUGUGGGUGAUGUUAUGCCUGAGAAGACACUCCGAGGGUCUAAAGGGGUAACGGAGGCUGCAGACAGUCGAUCGGCACCUCAUGUUCGCCACAGGAGGAGCUGGCUCUGGAACCAGUUCUUCGUGAUUGAGGAGUAUCGAGGACCUGAACCUGUGCUCAUUGGACGGGUAAGUUGGUGACACAACUAGUCAGCAUGUUAGUAACCUGUACAUGACUGCUUGACUGCAGGCAAUCUGAAAAUGUUUUACGAUUUAAAAAACCUUUACAGAUUAAAAAGCCAUGACAGAGCAGCAAAAACAGUUUUUAAUUUUGGAGUGUGUUGUUAACAGUUCACCUAACGUCCUUAACAACUUCCUCCAGGGAGAAUUUUGGCACAAUACCAGCCAUCGUGUAUAUUUUCAGAAAAUUGUUCUCAUGCCAACAUAAUGUUUUUUGGGCUCCAGGACCCUCUAGCAAUGAAGUAAAUCAUUAUUCAGUUUUCAUUAUUUUCUAUUCCACAAUUAAUAGAAAAUCUGGUUGCCUUAGUAUCCCCCAAAACUCACCAGGGUUAAGUUUAUGGGAUUUGCGAAUAAGCGGCAUGCCUGACUUGACUGACAGGUGGGCACACACACAAUAGCUAUUUCAAAGAACAAAAAGCCAAAUAUUAGUGACUCAAUUGUCAUUUCAACAGACUUUAAAACUCAACCUCAGAAACAAAUGAGUGACAUCACCAAGCUUUCCAUUUCUUAUACAGUCUAUGGUAGAACGUAGUGCUGGACCAUUAAUCAAAUUUUUAUCAUGAUAUGAAUGAAAAUAACACCAUAAUUGAGAAAAAAAAAGUGUGUAUGUAAGUUCCUGUGCUGGAAAAACACCUUGAAUGCACCCCUGCUACAUGCAGCUGCAGCAAGCGUACGCCGUGUGUAGAUCAAUAAUAAGAGGAGUGAGCGAUUGAAUACAUAAUAGAAAUGCAGCCUUUGAUUAAGAAAAAAGGUAGGACAACUUAAGUUAUCUGAAACCUUUUGGCUUCAAUUUGACGGAGGUCAAGCAAAAGGACACUGUUUGCAAAGUUUGUCAUGCUGUCAUGUCUGCUCCCCAAGUCAACACAACUAACUUCAGGGUUUCCCCUAUAUAUGCAAUUAACUGUAGCACACCGCAACAUCUAAAUAAAAGCAGGCACACCAAGAAAAAAAAAAAUAUAUAUAUAUAUAUAUAUAUAUAUAUAUAUAUAUAUAUAUUUAUUUAUUUUUUUUAAUUCAUGUGGCUCGAACUUGGACUUGUGUAUCAGUAUGCGCACACAGUAUUAGCAUGAGCAAGUUAUUGUCGAGAUCACAGAGCUGAUUGAUUAUUAUUAUUUUUUUUUUUACUUGUUUACUUAUUACUAAUUUAUUUCUGGCUAUUCUUUUAAGUCAUGUUUAAGGUUAAGUUUUGGUGGUUCAAUAAAAACUCAAGUCUUGAAAUUAAUGAAUAAUCAUGUUUAUUAAUUGUGAUUUCAAUAUCAGUCAAAAUAAUUGUGAUUAUUAUUAUUUUUGCCAUAAUCAUCCUGCCCUAAUAGAAUGUGCCAUAUUAUGCAGUUAUAGGUUUGGCAUUAUUUAGUGCUAAGAGGCGGUGACAAUGUUCAAUCUUCUCUAAACUGUACAUGUAUGAUGAAGUACGUGUAGUUAUUGUCAUGGCCUCCAUAGCCUUGAGCAUCAUUCGCAUUGCAUGUAAUUUACAGUGUGGUCCAUGAUUUAUAUACAUCACUACAGUUAGUGUGUGCCAGCUUUUUCCCAGAGGUCACAGACAGCUACUUGUCAGCGCACAUUAACAUGUCAUCCAGAGAACAAGGGGUCUUCUUUGAAACUUAAUAAUUUAAUCUGGCAAUGAAUCACAUACUUAAUUGCACAUUUAACACAGCAUUUUUGUGUGAUACAGAUUUUGAACAAUGAUGUCCUUUAGCAUCACUCUAUGGUCAUGCAAAGAGUCAAUGUUUUCCUAUGAAGAGCAGCUGAAAUUGCCCUCGAACAGUGGGUAAUAUCUGCAGUGAUGGAAAAACACAAUCAAGUGGAGCCAAGGAAACAAAGCUACAUCUGCCAUGUAUUCAGCAAUAAAAUAAUCUAAUGGGCUAUCUUUGUGAUUGUAAGACUCACCACAAAGACAUGGUUGACAUUAAUAAAGUUCUUCUAAUGACAGAAAUGGCCCCAGGAAAAGUGAAAUGUUUUCACAUUGUUGAAUCACUUGCAGGUCUAGCCGACGUGUCUUGAUAUAAAUAUGCACCUUGAUAUCUAGUUGCAUCAACUCUGUGUCUUCUGGCAUCUUAUUGCACGUAGUUGAACUGAAGGAUGAGCAGAUCAGUAUCAAUUAUAAUGGUUUUAUUUAUAAGCUCCAGAGCCUAAACCUUUAUAUGAGUGUUGAGUUCUACAUAAAUUCUUUUAAAUAUUAGAAGUUGAAGUAUCAGUUAUGUUUUUUUUUUAACACCGACAGACAAGUGGCCAGCUAUGGGAGCCAACCCCAACUACUCAGCCUUCCAAAGCACACUCUAAACAACCACCUGAGCAGGACCUGACCAAUAAACCACCUACUUUAUGCACUGAAGUAGCAGUAUUGUCAGCACUGAGCACCACAGUGUUCUGUAGAGGGGUUGACCUCACAGCUGGGAGCAGUUAAAGAGCCGUCCACCAUAUCUCUGUGUCUGCUACAAACCCUCUCACUGUAGCAGGAGGAUCCAGACCAAACAAACAGGCAAUAUUUAACUUGGCUCACUGACAGCUGCCCUUGUCCCUCGAUCACUGUCCGUGCAAUCAAUUAAAGGUCCAGCGAAAGCGAAAGCCUCCCAACAUCACCUGGGGAAGCUGUUGUUAUAAGUUACAGUCAUGCAGAUAAUGAGUUUUUUAUUACCCCUAUUAUUUCUUCCCAGAGAUAUUUACAUUUGCAUCAAUGAGUUAAGACCGACCUGCAACUUCUGGUAAUGAAAAAUGAGAUUACAAUUCCUACUUUCACUGCAGAAUUAAAGACUAUGGUCUUUGUGCCUCAUUUCUUCAUUCAUGGAGAGUGGAUUAACAAGUGUUGUGCUGGCCUGAGCCGAAGUACUACCUGACUUUUCGAGACUAAUUUCAAGCAUACAGCUGUAUGAAAUAAUCCGAAAGCACUUUUACAACCAUGUGCAACACACUAAACCACUGACCUCUACAUUGUAAUUCUAACUUUAUUCAAAUGUACAGCCACCCUCUACUGCACUGUACGUGCACCUUUAUCACAGCGUCAUAAUUCAGUGAAUAAUGAACUGAAAAGCACAAUCUGGAUCUCAAAAAUUGUAACUUACAUGGCCAUAAGUCACUGUGAUGACAGCGAACAACAGUUCACAAUCCAGGAGGUCCGGACCGUCAGCCAAAUAUUCUGCCAAGAAAUCACAAUUUUAAGUCUGUGUGUUUGUAAUUUUUCAAAGCUGUUGAUUUAUCCCAUAUUUCAUUGUUUGAACUUAAAUGGGAUCGUUUUUCCAUUAAGUUCAUUAAGUCAGGGAAAUAUCAGUAACUAAAGGCUGAGGACUCAAACAUAGAGGGCUAAAGAAAGUAAAUCCGUUUAUUUUUAAGCCACUGAGAGGAACCUUUCAAUCUGUCAGUUUUGGUACCUCUGUGGACAAAAAAGUCUUACUUGUUUUGUCCUCUGCAGGCCUGAGUUCUGUUGUAAAAAAACAAACAAAAAAAAAACUGAAAUAUAUCUCCCAUCACAAAGGUUCCCUGCAAUAAAAUUGUUAAUAAAGAAAUUAUUGAUGUAAUCGCGGAUGGUGUAGCUUGCCUUUGCAGAUCAUAAAAAAGGGAUAGAUGAAAAUUUCAGUUUAUUAAUAGAAGUCACAAAACUCCUCAUCUGAGCUUUAACCACUUAAUUCUGAGCUAGCUCAUUUUUCAUGUCAACAAUGCAGUUUAGGGAAUGGAUGACCAAGUUAGAAGUGGGAAUGCCGUUUAUCAUUUUACGGUUAACUAUUGUAUGCAUUUUUAGGCAGUAUUUUUGAGCUAAAACAUCUUCAAUCAUUCCUCUUUGUGUUCCUGUAUUUCCAAGCUGUCUUUUUUUUGCAUCGAUAAUCAGCGCCUUAAAAUCAGCAUUGUAACCACAGUUGAUGAAUGACUGCCUCUUAUUGAGCCACAUUGUCCUUGACUGUUGCUGUGCCUGCCCUUCUUUCAUCCCUGUCAUGUUGUAGUUGUGGGCGAUUUCAGACCUCAGUCAUAAGGGGAACGUUAAUUUUACACAGAAGUGGCGCCAUCCGUUUUUGUUAAGGUAUAUUGUUUUUUUGUUUGUUUGUUUGUUUGUUUGUUUUACCACUACACACCAGAGAAGAGAAGACCAUAUUUUUUCCAGAUGUAUUUGAAGGAGAAAAUGAUCACUUUAUAAUCACAUCUAAAAAGUAAGUCAUGGCCUGCUUACCAGGCAGCUCAGCCAUAACCUCAACUCCCCCUUUCAUCUAUUUCUAUAUUAUCUUUAUGUCCAACUCAGAGACCCUCAUCUUCAGGCUUUAUAAUUCCUCUGAGAGGACUAGUUGGUGGUAUAACUGAUGCCCCACCUCUAUAUCCAUGUUUUAUAAAGUCUAUUGAUGGCGCUUUUUGAAGUAAUAAGCAAAAAAAAGUCUUUAUAGGCUUUUUAAAUCUAUGCAUUGGGACGGACUGUUUUGCUAGCUGUGUAUUCACUCUUAAAUCUUACAGCCCCUGUGAGGAGUUUUAAGUGUUAACACUUAUGACAAGCUGAAAUUAAAACUGAUGCUACAAAAUCAUCCACCCAAACAAACAAGACCAUCAGCGACGUGAUCGACUGUGGGUGUUUUUAUUGCCUGAAACCUCAGCCAUCUGGAAGGUCUGAGAAUUUUCACUUACAGCACGCUGCAGAGACAACUUCUAUUUACAUUUGCUACUGAAAAGAUUCACAGUAAGCUUGUUAAAAGAAAUCAGGGUGAGACUUUCUCCACAAACUUUUAUACUUUUAUUGUGAGGAGAUGACAAAGCAGGGAACUUAUCGUGAGAAUAAUAAGACUUUGUCCACUGAGCACUUUUUACAAAAAAGCAGAUGGACGCAUUUAACUCAACAUUUACUGAGCAAAAGGUGAUAAUUUGUGAUGUUUUAUCAUUUAUACCCACCAUGCAAACAUAGCAUAUUAUUUAUCACAGAGAGUUGUGCUGUAUAACUUCUCUAUGUGGUUGAGGGGGAGUUCUGGUACCAAAUCCUAGUCUAGCCUCAGGCACUAAAACCAGAAAACCCAGCUCUGAUUGUAAAUGAGACCUCUCUUUCCCUUCAGAUUUUUUCCAGCUUUUAAAUAAAUGAUGAUGAUGAUAAUAAUCGUGGACACACUGGAGCAUUUGAAGCACUUGUUGUGCAGUGUGGUCUUGGAUUCAUUUUUUCUCAUCAUAGCUUGGGCCGGAUUAUAAUUCUUUCAUAAAAUAUGAUCUAUAUGCAUGCGCAAUCUCUCAAAACAUCCCAUCACAUGCUCAGGAAUGAGGCACAUGUAUAACUCCAUGUACCUGCCGUCUUGGUGCACCUUGUCAUGUCAUAUACUUGAGUUUUACUGUCACUACACCAGCCUCACAACCUCACACUCCUGUCAGUGUCAGAAGAGGAAAAAGUGCCUGAGAUGAUUUAAUCCACUGCACACCUGAACCACUCGGGUCCCGGGGGUUUUUACUUGUAGCAUUUCACAGUCAGGCGCUCGCCGCUAAUGCAGCUGCUGGCAGCUACAGUACACUCAGAGCGGGAUUAUAUCAGCUGUAACGCUAACAGGGAACGCUGCCAGCCACUUUGUAGCUAGCAGUAUACUUUAUAGUGACAGUCUAGAUUGGAUUCUUACCAGUGCAGUAUACACCUCAUAAAUGUUUAAUCUCCCUCUCUGGUUGUUAUUGAUACAGUCAGGGAGGGGUGUUAAAGCAAUCAGUGCACACACGAGACCACUCGCUCCUCUGCAUGCACAGUCUCGGCGUUGGUAUUCAUGUAAUAAAGCUUUUCUGCAUUCAGAGGAGGUGUAAGCUGCACGACUUCUCUCCGAGUCUGCUCCGUGUUUUGCCUCAAAUAGAGACGAUCAUGUCAAACGAUUUGCCAGAUCAAGGUUUGAGGUGACUUAUCAGCAGUUCAAAUCACACGCCGCUUCAAAGAGGAGGAAUUUAUCUGCCUAAGAAAGCAGAAAUAAACCCAGGGGUGGAUGAAUUGCAUGAAUGAGAGGGAGGGGGAAAUUGGGAUUACGGAGUUGCAGAAAAAGUAACAAAAGAAUUGGGGAAGACAAUUUCUUCUUUUCCAGCUUUGUUUGCAAAGGGUGGAUGAAUUUCCUCCCCACUGUGAGAGUGUUUUUCCACGCUGACAGAAGCACAGCAGGACUGAGCCGCAAUUAGGCGGCGAGGAGAGAAGGAUGGAGUGAUGGUGGGGGGAGCAAAGAGCAGGAGGGGGCAAGAUAGGCACUAACAAAGAUGUCUCUGGUGGGGAAGUGUGGGAUAAAAAUCGAGGCUAGCUUUAAGGAAGAAAGGAAGGAGAGGGAUGUGGGUGUAGGGAUGAAUAAAAAACCCAGAGUCCCUUAUCUGGCAAUUUGUAGGGUAUGCUAUCAUGACUUUCUUUAAUCCCCAACUUUAUCCUUCAAGACAUAUACACACUCUCACACUACACAAACCCACACACAUACACACUAAUCUCACAUUCCCUCCUGGUCUGUGUGCACAUGCUGUUCAGAGCUUGUAAGAUAUACAUGCAUGAACAUAUGUUGUUAACAUGCAUUAUGCAAGAAUGUAUAGAUACUUUAUGUUAGCAUCUGUUGCUGAUGUAUGGAAAUUUAAAAUGCAUGCAGUGUAUACGUAUAAAUGUGGUUUCAAAGUUUAGUCUCAUUAAGCUUCCCCCGACAGAUAAAUAAGAGUAAACGUUCGUAAAUAUGAGAAAACCAGCCUCAGGGUACAGCUGAGUUUGUCUCUUGAGACUGAAGACAAUGCUGAUCACAUUUUGAUGGACAGCUCUUCACACAACCAUUAGUAUGGAGCAGCCUAGAGACAAUCAGGAGGUGAAGCUGAAACCUGCUGUCUGUAUUUCAUUGAUUUCACCUGGAAUAUUGAAGAUGUAGGGCUGUGAGACACACUUUUUCUUCCUUAAUACUUUUUUGUUUAUAUAUUCAAAGUGAGCUUCUUCAUUCACACUGCUGCAACCAGAACCAGUUUUAAAAUGAAUCAGGAGGUGUUCUCUGGUGUUUUGUCAGAGGAUCAGGUUACACUUCUCAUUUAAAUUUUUAUAACAAAACACACCGUCCUCUGCAUAUGGAUUACCCACUAGUAAGAUGUGCGUGGACUGCAGGUGCAGACAUUAUAAAUAAGAUUAAAUGUUUUUGGACAUGUUUUAAGAUGUCCAAAAAGCUGGAAGGAUAGCAUAAACGCAUAGCUAUGAAACCUGUAGUGAACAAAACCUUGAGAGGCAAAGAGAGGAUGGAUAAAAAUACAAAACUGUUGAACUCUAUCAUAGGGCUGGGCAAUAUGGCCUCAAAUCAAUAUCACGAUAUAUUGAGCAGUUCACUUUGAUAAUGAUAAAUGGACGAUAACUACUCCACAAGCUGCUCACCCCCUCCCACAUGGACUUUGUCUACUUCAGAUGCCCCUCCAGCCGCUCCAACUUUUGAACCGUCCUCCAUCUCCUCACCUGUCUUUCCUUCUUUGUUACGGACUGGAUGGGGUGGAGUCACGUCUCUGGCGUAGGACAGCAUCUUAAAGGGACAUGAGACCAUAUCCUACCUACACAUAUCCAAAACUAACUUUUAUUUAUCUAUUUUUUGACACCAAAUAUAUGAAGACAUGUCAAUUGAGUCUAAAGACAAUUGAAUUGCCCUUCGGGGAUAAAAUAGAGUUAUUCUCAUUCUUAUUGACAUUGGCAAAAUGACGUUUAUUGAUGUAAUUUUUGGUAUCAGCAAGUUUUCGGUUUAUCGCCCAGCCCUACUGUAUUAAACGAACGAAAGGUACAGAGCUGUAGAAGUGAUGGUGUUUUCUUGUCGGAUACAUCAUGUUGGCGACUUGCACAUGUGUUUGUUGAUUGUUUUGGUAUGUCAUAGGUCAGCCAGGUGCAGAUCCAGUAUUUAUGAGCAAAAGGGGGCAUGUCCCUACCUUCUAUACACAGAGUGGUAAAUAAAAAAGUUUCAGAGUGAAAUAUUUAUUUCAGCCUGCACUGCAGUAUAGAUGUGGAGUGCUGAGGUUUGUCUGUAAGUAUUCAAUUAACCAUAACAGUACCGAGCAGACCUAACGGCCACUCUCCCAGUGGAUGCGUAAAACAUCAACAACAACUGCAGGCACAGGUAUGUCAGUGUUCACCAAACCCUUGUCUAUGCAGUGCAACUGAACAACGACAACAACUGAGCCGUACUUUUUGUUCCAGGCAUUUUUGAAAAAGUGACCUGAAACUCUGUUUACACGUGGACAGGGACCUGAGGUGCUCACUGUUACCUGCAGGAAGCCCUGGGUUGUUGAGUUUGAAGGUUGUUGUGUGGUUUUGUCUCCAGAUCAGCCUCCAAAAGCAUGCUCACUGAUUCAAAGUUGAGAAGAUGCUGCACACGAGUUUGCCUCUAAAAUAUGUUAAUCCUCUAAUCACAGCAGUCUAACCCAAUUUACCAGCUGCAUUUCUGAUACAAAGACUUCUUAAAACUCCCUCAAAUUUACUCAUGCCAGAACAGGAAUAAUUAUGUGUUCCCAACCCAAUUCUCCAGUCAGAGAGUCUGCAAUCUCCAGCCUUUAUUACAUAAUAUACAGCCAACAGCAAGAAAUGUCCAAUUUGUUUUAAUAUUCUGGCCUUUGUUUUGACGACCAUGUAAAGAAGGUUCUUCAAUCGUGUUUUUCAAUUCAGGUUAAUUUCAAAAACUAAAUCCUUCUUAUUCUUUGAGGAUUUAAAAACACAAGACCCUUUAUUACAUAAUUAGAAGUCUAGUGUGGGUUUAGGUUUCCAGAGGCUUUAAUUCUGCACGUUUCAUCAUGCAGGUAAUUAAAUUUCUCUGCUGCACAAACAGAAUUCAUGCAACAAAAUAGAAAGCCUCAUGAAAAUCAUGCGAAACUGCUCUGCUAAUGUUGUUGCUGAGUUUGUCUUUUUUCAAAGAGGCGGCUUUAGUUCUCCGAGUAUCUUGGGUCCACAGCGGAGGUUGUGAGUAAGCCGUGUGGAUUAUGAACAUGUGCAGAUGUGCCUCCAGGGCCCAGAGAUGUGAAGGUUCCUGGUCAGAAAGCUCAGUGUGAUGACGGCUGAGUAAUCUCUUUAGCUUUCUAUUUCUGUUUGUAUAUGUGUGUGUGUGUGUGUGUGUGUGUGUGUGUGUGUGUGUGUGUGUGUGUGUGUGUGUGUGUAUGUGUGUGUGUGUGUGUGUGUGUGUGUGUGUGCGCGCGCGUGUGUGGCCUUUUACCUAUCCAGCCCACACUUAUAUCCGCUCUGCCAUUAAAUACCAAACGAGGAUCCUGCACCAGAGUGAAAAACAGAGCCAUCCCAGGAAGACAUCGGAGUCAGAGGAGGGUUUUGGUGAAAAAUGCGAGCAGAUGGGCCUUCUGUUUGAGCGAGGUAACUUGAUGGAAAGAGAGAGAGUGAAAAAGAGGUGGGUUAAGAGGUACAAGCAAGUCAGGCAGAUGGAUUUACAAGACGAAGGGCGAGGGGGAGACAGAUGGGAAGAAGAGAUGGGAAAGAUUUGCAGAUGGAUAGGAUGGCCCGUGUUAGCAUGAUGCAUCUGUGAGUAUAUAUGUAAGACACUGCAGGGCCACGCUCCACAUUGAUGAGCUUUUGCCCUGAAUGAACCCCUGAUGGCGUGUCUGGUCCACUGACUUAAUUAGCUGCAUGCAUCAGUACUCAUCCUAGUCCCAUAUGGAUCCUCCACACCUGGUGCUGUUCAUUUCAGAUUCAGCCAGCACAUCCAGUCUCAACAUAAAUCAUCCUUUUCACACUGUCAUGUUUGUGUUUCUCGCCAGACAAAUAGAUGAGUGUUAAUGAGUGAACCUGCAUCAGCACACUGUGUGUUUGCCUGAAGGCGUUACACUCAUUUGCUCGCUGUGUGUUUUUCUUUGUGAUGGCAGACGGGCAGAGAGGGGAAAGGAUCGGAGGGGGAACUGUGAUGCAAGUUGACAUACUUUUUUGGUACUGGCUGGUUUGGACAACCAGAAACUCCAGUCAGAGAUAGCAGGUGCCACACAGGUGCUAAUUGGCCUUUUUCUGUACUUACACAUGCACAAAACUUUUAGUGUUUGGAUGUUGUGCGACUGCAAACUGAUAAAUCUUUCAUCUUGACUUGACUUUAAAAAACACAGUAACUAAUUAAACUUUAUUGUAUGAAAAAAAAAACUUAAAUUAAGGGGAGAAAAACCUUUAUUUUCAUCUCGGACUCACAGAAACACCCUCAAGCAGCACCGAGAGUUAAAUUAUGGUCAAACUUCUUAAGAGCAGAAAUUGAAGCCAUUUCUGUUCUGUUUAUUAUUCUUCAUUACUCCGUGUACUGAGCUUAUUUGAGGUUUACCUCUGAAACAUUUAUGAUACUGAGACAACUUUUUGUUCACCCACAACUUUUAAUACUCAAAUUGACAAUCACAUAAAACUGCUGGUCUUCUUCAAAUAUUGCCCUGUUUAUAUUCCUCUGUAGAUGGUGAAGGAAAUACACUUUUAAGACUCUGCUAUUCAUCAUAAAAACUAACACUCAGGAAACUUUUUAAGUUAUUAUAAUCUUAAUGUGAACCCAGCAGGUAAAUUUAUCACGGGCAGUAAGAAAGGGAUGGUCACGUUUAUUUUACAAGAGCAGUGAAUGAUGGGUAAGAUUGUCAUGCAUGCACUAUAGCAGCCUUGCUGUCUCCACACACCAAGCACAAGUAAAAUCAUUUGUGUGAAUGAAUUACAUGGUAAGUCAAUGCAAAGACAAUGCUCCUACUACUCUGGCGACGCGAAUGACACGAAUUGGGUGGAAGCUGCAAAUGUCUUAACUCAAGCGGAUAUUAGACUUAUUAGAUAUUAGACCUAGACUCUGUCAGUGGUGGUAGGGGUAAAUGAAAGAUGCAGGAUGUGGUGAAGAAUGGACAUCUGAAGAACCAAACCUGGACACUUGUGAUAAGGGGGUAGAGGAGGGUCAAUGUGAUCCACGUUAAAAUGGCCAACUAAAUGAGCAUAUAGGAUUUCAAGUUUGGCAGCAAUGGGAUGACAGGUUGAUAAGGAGUUGAAGUUUGAAAGCCUCCCAAACUUAACCUAGAACUUCUAGCUGCUGUAGCUUCCAGUUUCAGGGAUAUGAUGUGUGCAAAUCUUUGAAUUUUUUCUUUGUGGACAGUUUUUGCCCACUAAUCUUGGUCAGAGUUACAGGCUCCCUUUUGAGUGCAGGUCUGAGGACUUUCUGACCACUUCUAACAUGUUUCUUAAUCCUCAAUAGCAUCCCUUAAAUGACUGAUGACUUUUCUACCUGGCAUCAGUCCUCUGCUGAUCUUUGUGUGAGACGUUUUAUGCUGCUCUCCUGUCCAUGAAUCCUCAUAAAAAAAACUUUGUGUCCAUGGAAAUGUUUUUAAAAACAUAAAGGUUAAAUAAACUGCAUGAAAUAAUGAUGAGCUCUGCAGGAAAUAAAAAGUGAUAACCAAAUCCUCUGCAGUACAUAAAGGAAGAGACAAAUGUGGCUGAAAAUUAUGUUCACACUAAAAUUAAUGUUUCUUUUACCGCUCUGUGUUUGCUCAGCGGCCCUCUUCUAUUUCUCACGUUGUAACUUCACAACUUAGAGCUCAUAAACUUCAAUAUUAUUCAAAUCGUAGUCAAGAACACGUCCCAAUAACCCCGCUCAGGACUCUAUAUAUGUAGGUGUUUUUAAUCUUAAUGUUGCAUCUUAAAUAAAUCUGAAAAUUAGCAUUUUCAGUCACUGCAUGGCUGAUAAUUGGCUCAGUUAACUAGCGCUAUCACUUGCUUUUUUUAACAUUUUCAGGCAAAAUUGCUGAAUUCGAUUUAAGUGGGUUCCACAAAACAAACAAAAGAUAAUUCACUCACCACAAACUAUUUAUAAACUUGUAUAAACUCUGUAAAUCUCACACUGCCAUGUCUUUCCUCAUUACUUUCCUUCAACACAAACUGACCUACCCCAUAAGCUUUUACCCCUUUAGGUACGGGUCACAUUUAAUAUUUGAUAUAUUAUCUUUCAGACAAAUUUCUGUCGUUUGUAAAUUUGUCUCAAUGCAAAAUGCAAAGUGUUUUGCUGAUAAAAUUUAGUUUUUUUUUUUUUUGUCUGUUUGUUUGUUUGUUUUUGUAACAGUGUUUUAUAAAAUGUAAAUUUAUUCAAAGUAUUGAAAUACUUUUUUUUAAUUUUUUUUUUUUUUAAAUGUUGUAAUUUUGGUUAGCAUUUCCCAUCCACCGCAGUUACAUGACUGCUUUUUUUUUUAUUUUUUUUAACUAGUUCUUUAAAAAAGUUGUCAUUUCAUAAGAGAUACAGAAGGAAUGGUACUACUGCACAAUAAAAACUGUAAUCUGUGAUACAGACAUCUCAAACUUUCUACAGAGAGUCACUAAACUAUUCAAAAUCACAGGAAGGAAAAAAAAAACAACAACAGCAUGGCUCUUCUAAACAAAACACUUUAACUCCAUAUCAGAGACUAGGUCAGUGAGUGUCCUUGGUUUUGACUGCUUAACUGGUUGAUAAAUGCUCACAGUACUGACUAGUGGUUAAAGUGGUGGACCUGUUGAUUAAUUGUUCCAGUUCUGGCUCCAGUUAUGCUUUUGGCACCGAUGCAAUGGUUCAGUUAUUAUACAGUUUAUGGAUGACACAUUGCAGAAGGAGCCAGCCAGGGCCAAGGUGCCAAAUUCCCACUACGCUGAAGUGAACUCUUCAUCAUAUUGAAAAUGGCUCCUCCAUCGCUGUGUCAGUCUUCUUCUUCUCUCAGCUUCACCAGUGAGACAGUGUUACGCCAACACAGCAGAUCCUGGCAGAUUACAGUCAAACUUAAUGUGGACUGCAAAAUACUCACUAAAGAGUAAGGCUGAAAGAUUUAUGAGGAACCAAAGUGGAACCAAAAUUCAUGUGCCUGAUCAAAUCCAAGACUCUAAGAAAUUUGAAGCUGCACAAAAUGAAUAGGGAGAAGAGUUCACCCGUAUUAAGCCCAUGAGACAUGAAGCAUACAUGAGCCUCAACAUCAACUUCUUUGAAUUUUUUGGUGUCUAGCGUUAUAAUCUAUAAUUACUAAUUUGGUGGUGAUGGGAGGGGGGUCUGCUGGUGUUCAGGGGUUAAAACAAGUGUUGUCUGGUGCGUUGUGUGUCUUCUGUGAAUGGUAUUUUAUUAAAUUGUAUUUUGUUACACUUCUUUUAUUUGUCUUAUUUUGUGUAGUGUCAUAUUUAUAGCCUUGUGUCUGUUUUUUUAUAUCUCCUCUCUUUAUUGCUCUCCCUCUGCUCUACGCCUAUGCACUCUGCAAUAAAAGUGUUUAAAAAUAAAUGUUUUUAUUUUCCAGCUGCACACAGACAUGGACCGAGGAGACGGACGCACUAAGUACACAUUGGAGGGCGAGGGAGUCGGCUCUGUGUUUGUCAUCGACAGCAACACGGGAAAUAUUCACGUCACCAAGUCUCUGGACCGUGAGGAGAAGGACCAGUAUCGACUCAUUGCCACGGCUACUGACCGUCAGACAGGCCGACCCCUAGAACCUUCGUCAGAGUUCAUCAUCAGAGUUCAGGACAUCAACGACAACCCGCCGGUCUUCCCCAAUGAGCCCUACACCGCCAUGGUCCCGGAGAUGGCAAACAUAGGUAAGAUGCUAAUGCGGCCUUAAAGUCUUGCUCUGCCUUUAGCUCGCUGAGUUUGCAUGUUAGACACCCUUAUUUUUUUAGAUUUAACACCUGGAAGCAUUUCAGCCCCCUGAGCUGUGGGUCCCAUUGGUAUGACCACCACUUAAAUAUGGAUAAUGGAGCUAGAUUUCACAGCAAAAGUAAAAACCAGGCUGUGUCUGAAAUAUUUAUAUUAUUAAAUUAUUUACCUUUCCUCAUAGAAGCAAACACGAUGUUUGCUUACAAUAACUUCAGGGAAGAAAACCCCCAGAGUCACCUUCAUACAGUUAAAAGUCCCUAGGAAACAAAGCAGCUAAGAGCUUUUUUCUCCCACAUAUUUACGUGUUUCCUUGUAAAAUCCCAUCAGCAGUGAGAGACUUGUCACAGUUAUUGAUUGGCAUUUGCAGAAGCCGAUAAUGCAGAGGUGGAUACGACCCCCUCCUCUGCAAUCUUUAGGUGGCUGUCAAAACAAAAACUCACGGGCGAGACAAAUCACAGAGAGGCUGAAAUGUCCCGACACACCGGGCUAACAAUACCCUCGCUCACUGAAUGACAGUGAAAUGUGCUGGCUAAUGAGUGUUUCUGCUGCUCUUCUCUUUCAAAUCACAAGAACAGCUAACUUUUUUGAUCAUUUCUGUCCCUCUGCCUGUUUAUGUGUGUGUGUUUAUGUGGACGAAUGUGUGCUUCUUAUGAUUUCUCCAGUUGUUUCUGGAAAAUAUCAGGAAUAAGUAUCUAAUUUAAAAGACUUCAGGACGCCAGGUUACAGCAUUGCAUAAAAAUGUUGCCAAGAGGCAGAUUUUGGGGAAGAAAACAUGAGAGACAGUUGCAAGAAAUUUACAACAUCCACAAUGAUAACACCAGAAAACAAUGGGUUGUGUUUUCUGGGGGGCAAAUUGCACAAUUUAGUAAUAAUUUUGCCACAAAGGUAACUUAUUCCAUUUCAUACAUCAUUACUUCAAAGCUGUUAAUGUAGAAUUGUCUGUAGAAAGAUCCUAAAUGCUCCAAUAGUCAACCUUAUUUCAAAACCAAUACUGACGGCUGUAGUGGACACCACUGCGUGAGGUCAAAUUCACUUCUAAAAAUCCCUGUCUAUAAAUGCAUCCACAAAUUUAGGUUAAAACUAAACAAUACAUAGAGGAAACCAUUCAUUAACAUGGUUCAGGAGCAUUAGUGACUUCUCUAGACCUGAGCCCACAUAAAGUAAAGUUGUCCUGCAAUCUGACAAAUCAAAACAUUCUUUAUGGAAAUCAAAAUCACUCUGGAGAGCAGAGAGACCAGUUGGUUUGUUAUCAGUACAGAAAGCCAGCACCCCUGGUGCUAUAGGGGUCAUAAGUGCCCUCUGUGUGGGAAGCUUAAACAUCUGUGAAGGCUCCAUUUAUGCUGAACAAAACAAACAAGUUUUGGAGUGACAUAUGCUGCCAUGUAGACUUUUUCAGGGAAGGCCUUCAUUUUAUAGCAAGAUAGCAUUCUGCUUGCUUUACAACAUCAUGGCUCUGUAGUAGAAGAGUCCUGCUGAUAAACCCCAAACUGUUUGAGCAUUCUUAAUGAGGUAUAAAAGGGAAAACAAUUUGCUUUUAAAACUCUACAAACCUGUCCCCUCUGUUCUGAGUGUUUACAGAGUGAUAUUAAACGAGGAGGGGAUACAACACACUGGCACACAUGAGCCCGUCACAACCAUCUGCAACAUGCUGGCAUCAAACUCUAAACGAGAAUAUAUAGUUUUAAUGAAAUAAAAACAUAAAACUAAUCAGUUUCAACAUUUGAUGAGUUGUCUUUGCACUUUUCAUUUAAAGAUGGAGGUAAAUUAUCUUCAGUGUUGAGUGCAACACCAACAGUACUGGACAAUAUCACAUUAGCAAACCAGUCACUCAAGGUAGCAGGUCCUCUCCAAGAUCAACUCUAGUCUUAAAAUGAUGAGUCUCUGAGAUGGGAAACUGAAUUUUCUGUCCCAGAAAGCCAACCUGAGUUAAUUCAAUAAACUCAAAGUAUUUUCAUUCUGAGUCAAGAGCAUUUUCACGGCUUCAAAAGCCAUCAUCAAUGGAGCUCAACUACAACGGGUCACCAUGGCAACAGGCAAGUUAAAAAAACAGGUCAUCCUCCUUCACCCCACCAGAGUCAGAAGUUUUAAUAUGUGCUUAAGGCCAGAAUGAGCUUUUUCAGAGGAAAAUCAACACAGCUGCGGUAGAGAAUUAGGAUGGGAGAGAAGAGCUUUCAGAGUCAAAGAGUGACUUCAAAUGUUGUGUUCUGCUCAAGCUCAUACUGAACCACACUUUUUAGAUGUUACAGGUCAAAUGUGGUUUACUUUAAAAGAAAGGAUGUUUGAAUUUUAUACAAUGCCGUGGGUGCACUAAGGGUGUAAAAGCAGGCGUCAUCUAAACCAAACUGUUUUUUUAGCAGGUGGCUAUGUUCAGCUUAGGCUCAUGAUCCAACCAGUUUUUAUUUAGAUCCUUUUUACUGUUUUGACAAAGGCAAAAGCAUUCAGCAUUGAUUGAAGGCACUUUAAAAAGUACAUGUAAAAACUACAUUUUAAUCAUUAAACAAAGAAAGUGAACCCCUUUUGUUUUAUGAUCAAUUUUAAAUACACUCCUCCUAAACUAAAAAUGUGGAUCAAAACCUGAAAUUGAAAAAUGUUUGAGCCUAUUGAUUCUGUUGUUGAGUCUUACAAGUUUAAUGACAGUGUAACUAUGAUGAAAGGGAGGCUAAAGCGAUCAUGAGCGUGUCAUGGUCACUGCGUCCCUUUGCUUUUCAGACACACGUGCAAGACCGCCAGGCUGAGAGACAUUGGUCCAUUUUACAAAUAAACUUAGUUUUGAUGUUGUGAAUAUAAGGGCUUAAAAAAUGAAUAAUUUUCUAGUUCCUCAGCCUUUGAUAAAAUCAAAAUGGUAGUAGAGCUCAAAUCCCUUCAUUUUUAAAUGUGCAAAGGAAAAAUACACUACAAGUGAAAUAUGCCAUCUAAUUUAUUGAGUAUGAUAAAAAUUACAUAAAAUCUUCUAAAGUAAAAGAUGCAUUUUCCCUUCCAAUACUAUAAAAUGUGAUUUUUUUCCCCACUAAUGUUAUCCAUUGAGACACACAGGCAUGCUUUGAUAAACAAAAAAGGUAAAAGGAUCCUUUUUGAUGCAUUUUUAAAAUAAUAGAAGCAUGUUUUGUUCUUAAGAGUUUUCAGUUUAAGUCAGGGGUGGGCAAUCAUGUGCCAUGGAGGGCCGAGAGGCUGCAGGUUUUCUUCCCAACCCAAAACUCCACCAGGUGAUUUCACUGAUUACCUUACCUCCAAGCAGAGAGCAGGGACUAAUCAGUGAAAUCACCUGGUGGAGUUUUGGGUUGGGAAGAAAACCUGCAGCCUCUCGGCCCUCCAUGGCACAUGAUUGCCCACCCCUGGUUUAAGUGAAUGCAUGUGAUGCAGAUUUGAAAUCAUGUUUAAUAAUCUUGACCUUACUGUCAAUCGAAACAAUGGUGAUUAUCUGAUGAUUUUGAUGAUGAUGAUUUUUGCUGGAAUCAAGUAAUCCCAAUAAAAAGUGUUCAGCUAAGAUUAAGCAGUGAUACCGAGAUCAGACUACCACCUUUCUGUCUGUCACUUUGAUCAUUGUGCCUGAUUUGGUGACCACAGAAAAAUAAAGUCAUACCAUGAUUUGACCAUCAGUCAAAAACAGGGACUUGGUUAUUAGAGCUCAGCCUCUGUCUUAAUGCUCCAUCUAGCAGCACUACCUUCAUCAUUAUAUUUAUCACGAUCAUUCCUUUUUCACCCCACUGUUUGGUUUCUCAUCAGGUAAUAUCGCUUAUGACGUCAAGGAACAAAUCAUUAAAGGCAGAAUGUUGAAAACACUGUCACUUCUACAGCUCUGUACCGUUUGUUUGUACAGUAGGAGCGUUUGGUCUUUUUUUACAUCCUCUCUUAAUCUGUCGAGGUUUUGUUUACUACCCUGCUUCCUAAAAACACAUCCGUACUUUUACACUUCGAACUCAAAGUCCAGCGUGCAAACACUGGAGCAUGCACAUAGGGUUAAGGCCAGUUUCAGUUCAAUUGAGCCAGAUACUUCACAGAGAAAACUGGUCCCAGUAUCACAUUAUCCAGGUAUGUUAGUCCAACCAUGAAAAGUUCAGUGCGAUUUCAGUUGGACUAAUGUGUUUACAUGUUUUUAAAGUCCAGUUUCAGUUGAACUUAGGCUAGAAAUCAUUUUUUAAAACAUAUAAAAGGACUAAAUGACACCUUACACAAGCCAAAACAACACAUUUUCUUCAAUUGUCACUAGAGUUGUACUCAAAUUGUGUUGUACAACCUUGGCAUUGAAGGGUCUGCCAUGGUUUCUCCUGAAAGGUUCCAAAACCCUCCCAUGAAGUAUCAGCUCCAAGAACUUAGUCCGAACAGAGACCCCAUAACAUUUAGGGAUGUGUAAUAAAACCCAACCAAGAGAUACUACAGAGGACAACUGUGCUCACAGAUUUCUUUGGUUUAGUCGGCAAUGAUAUUGAAUAAAACUUUAGUCCAGUAUGAAGAACGCUCUGGGAACCUAAAAUUCUUUAAGUGCUUUCUUUAUCCAUAACUGACUACAUCGUUGCCUAGCUGUAUUGAACCACCUCUGCCUGCAGACACUGUGGCAAAAAUUUCUGCUAGCACUCCAUGUGGGUGAGCAACGUGAAAGAUAUUUAAACAGUACUUGACUUGGAGGGCAAGAAACUUCAGAUUUGUUUAUUGUCUUGGUUAUUUUGACCCUACCCUGAAAUUUUUGAGAUUGGUACCCAGGAGGUGAGCUGCAUGAUGUACAGAAGGUUGUAGGAUUCAGACCCCAGUGCUUCCUGUUGGGGUCCUGCUCACCUGCUGUAACAACCUGCUCACUUUACACUCACCCUGACUGAAUUUCCUCUGACCUAUAUCUUACUGAGUAGACAGGCUUUUGAGUUCCACUCAGCCAACAGCGCGCACAAAGAGGCCUGCAAAAUAAAUGAGCAGCCACCAUCACCCAGAUAAAGAGCUGGAGCCGCAGAGGAGCUGACCCUGAGCUGUGAUGCUCAGUGACCUCUGCCGAAGGUUUCCCUGGACCGAGCACGACACAAACGUCCACAGAAGAUGAAAUUGUUACUGUGCCGUUUUUUUUUUUCUGUCUUUGCUUUGUGUAGCCUUCACAACAGAAGUCCUGCUCUUACAGAAAGUCAGCACUUCAGCGAGGCUUACAGAGGUAGAUAUCUCAGUAUGUAUAAUAGCUGCUGGGAGUCUUUUUGCCAUUCAGUUGAAGUGAUAAGAAUAAAUAAUGAAUGAACAAACAGACUGAAAUUUCUGCUCCCUUUUAACAUAGCAUGGCUGGGCUUUAGCACGGGGGGGGAGGCAAGCCCAGCACUGUGUUUGUGUGGUUAAAUCAGAGUGUAAAUCUCUGCAACACUAAUACAUGCUAAGAAUUAAUAAAGGAGUUACACAAAAAUGCAUUUCAUCAAGAAACUGGCAAAAACCGCUGGGAUAGUGUAUCUAGUCAAGGGUGCAGAAGUGUAUGAAUUAAUUGAAUUAUAAGAAUAAUUUGCAUUUCUGGAGGAUUAAUUGAAUUAAACAUUAUGUGAAUGAUUUGUAGUAAUGCUGCCGUUGGGGGUAAGGGUAGCAGGAGCGUCCUCUGUGAGAGGAUUUCAGUGAGCUGCGUCUCAGAUGGCUCCUCCGUCUUUGAGAUCUGCAGGAUGGACAGUGGGUCUUCCUUAGGGUUGUUUAUUUACAGAAGGGUGAUGCUCUCCUCUAAUCUUGGCAAAGUUAUAGAGAACAACACACGCAAACAAUAAGGUCAAAUGCUCUGAGGUUAAUUACCCUGAGUCAACGAUGGCUUCAGAAACAGGCUUUGAGCUGUCACAAUGAUGACAGAACACAAAGCACUGAGGAGCAGACUGAAGACACAGAGCAGCAGAAACCAAAUCUUAACUUCAAAGAGGGGUUCGGUAUGCGGAUCAUCAGUCUGGAACAGGCGAAGGUACUGAAAACCCUGAGGGACGGCUGAAUCAAAAAACAUGAGCACCAAGGUCUAAAGCUAGAUUCAGACAGUUAUGAACCGACUUUUCACGAUUCCCCUCUCUUUGCAAAACUAAAUGAAUUUGCAGACAUUCAGGAGAAACAGAUGAUUGUACAGUUAAAACUUAUGAAGCUCCAGGAGCAAAAACAAAAAAUGGAAACAAGGUCUGGAUUUGAAGACAUGGUUUAGGACAAGAACUCGGUUGAGAUAUCUACAGGUGUUAACCAAUCCAGUCUGAACCUUCUUCACUCACUUUCAAAUUAAAUUUUAAUUUGUGCAGCUUUAUUUUCACAAGUUGUAGUGUGUGAAUGUUUGAGAUGAGUGGAUCUGUACUCAUCCACUCUGCAUAAACAUGACAGGAUUUUGAGUAUCUGAAGGGUUCUGUUUUUUCUUUGCAGUCUAAUCAUAAUUGUUUUUCCGCAGACUUUGAUUUUUUUUUUUUUCAGGAAAACAGCUUGUGCUGAGAAAAAAGACACAAUGCAAUCCUAGAUCCCACUAACUUUAAACUGACAACCUAUAAACACACAUCUGGGUGCAAGUUCUGCAAAAAAAAAAUCUGCUCUUAUACGAUGCCUCCAAACUGUAACUCCAGUCUCACUUCUACAGUUGCAAGUCAGGUUGAAAUGAAAGUGUUGACUGUAAGUUUUUUAUUGCAAACUGACUUUCUGCUCUAAACGCCUCAAAAAGUUUCCCAGUAGCUAUUUUUGGUCAGCUAUCAUCUGGUGGGUUUAGGGGAUGUUGUUAAAACUAGCAACUGUUUAGACUUUAAACUCCUGUAAUUCAGGCCCAGCCAAAUCACAGAAGAAAUUCACUCUGAAACUUAAUAAUAAUCAUAAACAGCUACAGUUAAACUGGAAUCAGAAAAGGAGUAAAGCAGAAGGAGGUCAUUAGAAAGAAGGAAGUAUAUGGUCGGAUGGGCUCAACUAAUAGCCCCUUUCACACAUGCACUGCACUUCUGGAUAUUCUCAUACAAGGCUUUUUCAAACAGCCAGAUGCAUUUGCAGACUUCGCGCGUGCACAUGCAGUCAGAGAUGUACGAUGUUUCAAGGUGACAGCAUGGAGCUUCAUUGCAAGUGAGUGGGUGUUGUUCAUGUUGAGCAGAGUUUCUUUGGUUUGCUCCCAGGCUUGAAAUAGUGAAAGCCUCACGAGCUUAGUGCGUGUGUGAAGGCGUUGCUGGGAGCUUUUUAAUGCUGGCUUUAGUCUGUUUGGUUUUCUGGCUCUGUUUUUGUGUUGUGUAGACUCUUGUAAACUGAUUGUUGCAUGGACAGAUUAUCACACAGGCAGAAAACACACAAUAGAUUCAACAUAAACAUGCCACAUUGAAACACUGAAACAAUUUCAUGUCUGGAUAACAGUCAGGGUCUGGUCAAAACAGCAUCUGUACCUUCUUGGCCACACAUCCCUUCACAAUUGUAAAACACUGAAGCCAAAAUUUCCAAAAGAUGGGUUCUGACAUCUUGUGCUCGUGAUGAUUUGGAGGUUGAGUUGGUGCAAAAUUGACUUGAGCCGCUAUACUGACAUUGUAGCUCCACUAACAUUAUCCCAUUUGACUUUUAGAUAAAGGUUUUUUACAUUACUCAGAUUCACAAUGUGUGGCAGCUUAAUAGACAUUAAUUUUAGCUUCUGUAAGCGACGACAAGGUGUUUUCUACUCUUCUGUAUCUUGUGAUCUCACCAGACAACCAGCCAAUCAGAGGCAAUAGCCUGUUAGCUAGUUAGCAGUCAGUUUACUCAGAUAGUACAUGGAUUCUUCAAAGUCUACCUCAACGGUUCAAUUUUUAAAAUGUAAUUGAGGUAGAUGACUAGAAAUAUUACAUGCGGAGAGUUUUGCAGACAGAUGAUUUCAUGGGUGUUCACAUAGUACUGAAUCGAUUCCUGGUUGGCUCUGUGUACAUACACAAGUGGGAUUGAAGUUAGGGGUGUCCCAAUACAACUUUUUGACUUCCAAUACAAUACCGAUAUUGUAGCCUUUAAUAUUGAACGAUACCGAUAUUGAUCCAACAUUGGCUCAAAAUUGUGCAUGACAAGUUUUUAACUCAGCUGCAACGUCUUUUUCAAACUUAAAACAAAAUACGGCCACAAGGCCAACAUGACUCUUACUUUUUGCUACUUUGUUAGUACCUUAGUACACACUGUUGUUGUGACUUUGUGGGCUCAGCUUGCUGGAUUAGGGUGCUGCUAGAUAGAGGUGCUGGAGCAGUGUCUGGAAUGGACUGCUUGUAUCGGAGUGCUGAUAUCAGAGAUUUUAGAUGCAGGUCGAUAUUAUCUGAUAUUCGUUUGUUUUUGUUUUUUUUGCUGAUAUUGGACCGAUAUCCAAUAUCAAUAUCGUACCAGGUAAUCCCUUACUGAGAUGUUAUGCUUACGUAGGCGUUUUUGUAUGUGACAGACUAGGUCAACCUGCAGUUUAUUAGUCUGGUGCACAUGGUUCUGCAAAGCCUUUAUCACCCUAAUAAGUUACUUUACAUCUCAGAACAAUUAACUCAGAUUAAAACUUUACAACAAGAACCAACAAUGACAGAAACAUACUUGAAAAAAAUGUAAUUAUCAUUGCAUAUUUUGAUUUUAUAGUUUGACCCGUGCUCCGUCUGUUCACAUGGAGGACACGUGAGUUCUGUGACCUGUUGUUGCUUCACUCUUAUCAUCCGUUUCCAAACACAUCCAAUAUCACCAACCUGUCAAAUAGUAUGGACAGACCUUGAGUGUUGAUGAGGGAUUGUUUUGUCCAAAUCUUCACAGAGCACAUUCAGAUCUGUGGCCAAUAACACACUCACUAUACAGCCAUUAGUCAUGCACAGAGCCUCGGCUUCAAUAUUUACAGUCAAGUGUUUGUCAGACAUGAUGUGGAUGGUUCGGGGCAUGAAAGAUUUUGCUUGCAGUGUAAUGUGAUGUAUGGGCUCUGACAGUUCUUAAUAUAUAAAUACAUACAUACUCAUCAUCAAGUACUUCAACCUUACACACUUUGUAUCACUGACUAAAGAAGCAGCAGCAGGGAUAUGUGCAAUCAUCGUAAGCCCUCUGAUGUUGCAGUUGUAGGAAGUAAUUUAAGAUCUCAUCAUUAGCUUCGACUGAAUAAUUUCUACAUCAGUCACCUGCAAUCCUGUGAAAUUUCUCCCUGAUGGUCCACAGAGGAUUGUGCUCAGGGAACAUAACUUAAAUGUGCAGUAAGUGUUUAAGUGCAGAGGAAACUUUUCUCACGGUUCAGCAAACAGUUCCCGUGUUAUGAAGUGACUCCAGCUGGCAGAAAAACUGAGAGCAACGCAGAGAACCUGCUCUGAUCUGAGAGCACUUCAGCCCUGUGUAAUAUUAAAGAUGUAAAGCUGUAAUAGAGCCAUUUAAUCAGCUUUUUUAUAUUUUAUUUGGUCGUAGUCAAGAAUGACAGCGCAGCUAAAUUUGGUCUUAAAAUCAACUGUAGGUAAAGGCUGUGCAGAUUCAUCUAUCUUUAACGCUGACUGAAUGAACAACAAAAAGACACCACUUAUUCAUCAGCUGCCUCAGGCCGAAGAGAAAGCCUGACAGGAAACUUUGUUUGUGACGUGAAACACUUGGUAGACACUAGUAAGGGCAGGUUAUCAUGGGACUUGACCCAGAGUCGAGUUAGGAAAGAAAGUGAUCCUCAUAUGAGGCUUAAUAACGCAGGCCUCCUGACUUCUAUGAGUGGCAAGGCAUUGAUCUAGAUAUUGGUGUAUUUUACCAUCUUAAUCAAGAGACAUUUUUUUUUGUUCAGGUAAAGGUACCAUGUCUCAACUCCAAGGUAGUGAAUCCUCGAAUAUUUGUUCCUUAAUGCAUAUGAUUGGAUAUUUUUGACAGUUUGAGAUAUUGUAUCAGAAAUUCAAAAGGAGUAGAUCCACCAAAUACCUCAGGAAUAACUCAGUUGCAGUUGAGUAUUUAAUGUGCAAACUGAGAGAAAUGUGGCAUAUCAAUUGAACAAAUGAUAUAUAAUUUUAGUGUAAUUAGUGCCAAUUUUCGGCACUUUUUACUAACCGUUGCAAUUUUUUAUUUAUUCGUAUUCAGUCAUAUUUCUAUUCUUGUUUAUUAGUAUUUGUAUUUUCAAUAGCAAGUAUUAUUUCCUUCUAGGAAUAAAUAAAGUUUUCUGAUUCUGAUAAUAAAUUCCAUUUUGUUAAUUCCUCUCUAUUUUCAUCAUUUUUUAUUAUUCUUAGGUGUAUCUUUGUCAGUAUGACUUUGUAGACCAGAAUUAAAAACACUGAAAAACUUCAACAUGAAUCUUCACUUGUUUUAAAAUAAAUUUUGAAUAACUUUUAAAAGGAUCAUCCUGUUUAAUUAAAUAGUUCAUGCAUUUACCAGCUGGUUAUGAGUCUCUGUUAUAAUCUGAUAUUUUCCCAUGGGAUUAGCCAUCAAAUCAGCCCAAUGAGGUUUCUGGUGCAUUCAUGCCCAGGCUCCUAGUUAGAUAGUGCAAAGGCAGGAUUUGAACAUGUACACGAAAUUUCAAAGGAAUCUGUUCAUAGUUGACAUCAAAUCUUCAGUAAGACAUGUCAUGUUUGGACUUGGGGAAAAGCCAGGGAAUCCCAGAAGUCAUUGGGGAAGUACUCUCUGGGAAUCUGAAUGUCAGUCAUUUAAAGCCAGCUAACAGAGUGAUUGAUUUCUACAGCAACAUUACUCAGCCUGCACAUCCAAGUAGGACCCAAAAGAGAAUCAUCUUGGCUGAUCUGGAAAACCUCCCAUGGAGCCGAGUCAGAUCAGACAUUUUCUCUAGUGCCAUCAAAAAGGAAACACAAUCUUGUUAAUCAGUUCUAUUAUUUAAUACCAUGUCACUGUCAUGUUUGUCCACAAAUUCAUAUGAUCAUUAUUGUUGUGUAUUUUUGUCAGUUUGAGACAUUUCAUGAUCUGGAAAACUCCCAUUGGAGCAGAGUUGGAUCAGAUAUGUCAAUUUAUUGGGGGAAGCCGAAAAGGGUCCAUAGGGGUGGCCAUGGCUGGGUUGGUUGGGCCACCACAGCCAAAAAAAGUAGACAUGCCCCUGCAGAGAAGAGCUAAUCUGAGUGUGAUAUACAUUAUCCAUGUUCUGCUGUGUAAAUGGCAUGACGCCUGUUUCUUCCUCAUGCAUUAUUCUUUUGAGGUGACUAUACUUAGCAAAACACCGCCACACUGAAGCACCCAGUCUAAGCUCCUGUCCACCUGAAGUCCAAAUAAGCCAGAGACAUUCCUCUUAGGCAAAACAGUAAAAAAAAUCAAACCAAAUUUCUCCAGAACCUUCUCAUUUGCUCACAGUCCAGUUUAAACUGAUGUGUCUUUUCACACGCUUUCGCUAAAAUAAUUCCUGUGGGGCUUUUUACAGUGCAUUAAAUCGUGACUGAACAAAGUUAAACCUCAGCAAACAAAGACUUCAACAGUGGAAAGGCACACUGUAUAAUUACUGGUUAAAAAUUUCAAUAUGAAAACAAAAUUAGAGUGCCUGUGAUCUUCAAAUAAGGGUUAUAGUCAUGGACAAGUGUGCAUUAAAUAAGAUCCUGUCUUGAAACAUCUCAGACUAAAUCCGUGGUGCUGCAUAACAUGUUAUACCUUCACUGUCAAAUAAAAUAGCUCUCAGCGUUGUCUGACCGCUGCUCCACAGUGGAUGGCAGUGGGUUUACUCCAGAGUAUGCCUGUCUCUUCCUUUCUGCAGACUCAAAUGUGACAGAACAGGUCGUAAACAGGAGCCGGCCAAAUAGAAAGUGGCACAAUCACAUGGAAUAGCAGCCAAAUGUUAAUUAAUACAUGUUUUUCCUGAGUAUUUACACACAGCUGCAUAAUACAGCAUCUUUGAUUCAGGGAUGUUAAAAUGGUGUAAAAUGGAGCAUCUACAGAAAACUUCAUUAAGCCAAAAGACAAACAUGCAAAUUUUUUGUAAACAUAUUUUUCCUUCUGUGAGUGUAAUCACGUUUCCUUCUGCCAAAACAUACAGUAUUCUCAGUUUCUUGCAAAGAAAACUAUUUUUGCGAAUCUGGGGGCGAAACACACUUCUUCUGGCACAGCCACUGAGAUGUGAGGGCAAACACUCAACAUGAAAACUGGGAAUUAAGUCACGUUCUAUAUGAAAGAUAAAUGUUUCCAGAUAGAAAGCAGAAGGGUCCAUUAUCCUUCUAAUCCUACAGAUGUAAGUACUUGGUAUUCAAAAGACAGAUGGGUAGAGUAUCACUUUAAGCUUAUUAAACUGCCACCAGCUUUGACUGCUUUACUUUGAAAGGGCUGUUUCACCUCUCACCUCUGUCGCCUUCCUCUCUUUUACAGGCACAUCCAUAAUCCAGGUCACAGCCAGAGACGCAGAUGAUCCCACAUACGGAAACAGCGCCCGGCUGGUGUACGCCAUCACUCAGGGCCAGGACUAUUUCUCUGUGGAUCCACAGACAGGUCUCAAAGCUGUUUACCAUAAAAAGCCUCUUCCCUCCAUCUGAUGAUUACUCUUUACUCAGUAAAUCCCAGCAGUCUGCUCGGAAAUCACAUGUUGUGUCUAUGUAACCAUAUGUCCAACACGGAUAACUAUAGGAUACUUCCCUACGAGCUGUGCAUUAUCAUGAGAUUCAUGAAGGUCAGAACCAUCUAAACCUGAAGUAAAGUGAAACAUUUUAACACCCAAAAGAACAGAAUUACACUUAUAUUACAGUCACUUGUUCAAAAGGAUAAAGAAAGCAUCGCUUUGUAGUUUUAUGUUAUUUGCAAUCACAAUCUAAAGUUGGCUAAGGUUUGGACUGGGGCUGUCAAACAUUAAAUUUCUUCAGUAUGGAUUGAUUGCAGAAUUUAAAUAGUUAAAUACAAUAUAUCACAUUCUUCAUCUUUAAAAUUUCAUAACCAUUCCAUUAUCAUUAAUAAUAAAAAUCAAUUCCUACUGAUGUCUUGAUUCUAAAUCAAAUGAACGUAAUCAAAGUACUUUAUGAUCUUGACUUUUAGAUGUAUUUUCAAAUAAAUGCAGCACUGCUACACCAGUGUGCUCUGAAAACCAUGAGUUAGAGAAGGGGCACGGCUUCAAGUGCUCAUUCUGUCAAAAACUGGGUUUAUUUUCAGUAUUUUAUAUUUAACACUGUUGCACAUAAGGAACUGUGCAGAAGUGUAUGGUGGAAAAAUGUAUAGUCAGCAUCAAUAUGUGUGUGUAACCAGAAAACUGUGAUCACACAUUGGUGUUGAUUGUUCUCAGAUUAAUGCAGCAGCUUCUGCAAAGUUAACCAAAAAUUGUUUGAGUGAUAACAUCAAUUUUCAUCUCACAGUAGCCAAUUAGUCAUGAAAUAUACUUUGGAAAUGUUCUGCUGAAUUUUCACACUAGAGGAGACGUGUGGAAAUGAAAAUGAUUCAUUAGGUACAUUAAGAUACCCUCAAUUAAUGCAACAUACAAGCUGGAAUAUAAUAGUAGAUAGUUAGAAAAAUACUUAAUCUGGCUUUUGACUUAGUAAGGUUGAACUAAAUUAGGGAUGUGCACAUUUAGUCCACUAGAGGACUGCACAUCAUCUACGUCACUAUUUUGCACUAGUGUCACAAGUCGCUUAUAGAAGUGUAUUUAUUUCACUGUAAGACUAUGCAAGUCAUGCAUUGUUUCUAAGCUUUAGUGCAGCCUCCUGCUACCAGCUGGGGUUUUAGCUCAAGUUGACAGUUGCUGCCUUAAUGCUCUACUACCCUGAUCUAAACAAGCAUAGAAGUAUCUCAUGGCGCAGUGGUUGUGAUAGUGUUUUGAUCUUAAAAAAGAAUGGCUGUCUGAAAGGUCUGUCUGGUUAAACCAUAGACUAUAUAUAGAAUGGACGCCGUUUGCCUCCUCGCUGUGUGAAGCCACCACGAGAACAGCACCCUCUGGUGACAGGCUGCAGUAUAGGUCAUAAAUCCCGCCUCCCCCCCAGGAAUCCUUAUGGAGCUUUGGACAAACUUUAGAGAUGAAUUACUUAAUAUAUAAAAUUUUCUCCUUCCUGGUUGCAAUGCUGACGUAGUUAUUGUAGGACUGGCUUGUCCUCUUUUUUCUGUACAGCUCCAUUUUUAAAAGUUAUAAGGGGGUUCAUGUUUUUUUGUGAUUGACACUUGAUGCAGCCUAUUGGCGUACAAAGAUUGCAUAGCUCACCCAGCCCAUACGCUGUUUGAGCUGAGCGUCAUCACAGUGACUCUCGGCGACUCUUCCGCCAAAUGCGUACAAUGCUACUGCACAAGUGGUGGAUCCAGGAAGUGGAGAAAAUCCCAGAAAUACCAAGAGCAAUUCAGCUUCAAAUUCAUAUAAUGAUGGAAGGCGGAGUCAAGUUGUCCAUAGUAUAUACAGUCCAUGUGUUAAACUGUUGCAUAACCACUCACCUGGACAAAUGAGUUGUGAGCACAAGCCUUGGUCAUUUAGAUUGGUGGUGCUAGCUCUGCUGCCAUAGGUCACACUUUGCCAAUCAAAUAGAUAUUGUAAUCCUGCAGAUUCUUUGACCAGGUUGAAGUGUGUUAAAGAAGUUGUUCCCAGCUUUGGUUGUUUGUGUUUCCAAGAUGUUGGUUACUCAGAAUUCAAGUUUCCAUUACAGUACAUGUAAAUAAGUUGUUUCAGAACAGCCCCUCUCCGAUCCCAGACCAUAGCAGCAGAACCCGUUUACUCCUGUUUUAUAUUUAAUUCAUUCAGAAUCAAAAGUAGCCCUGAGUCAUGUUUUUCGUCAUCAUGACUGUAAAAUGUUUGUGUCUGACUCACUUUGAUGGUAAUUUCCUGCGACAUUGUGUCACUCCGAAAUCUGUUGCAGUUGUGAUUUUUGCUCUGUGUCCCACUGUCCUCCCCACCAGGCGUCCUGCGGACAGCAGUACCUGACAUGGACCGAGAGGCUCGGGACGAGUAUCUGGUUGUCCUUCAGGCCAAAGACAUGGGGGGGCAUCUGGGCGGAUUAUCAGGGACCACCACCGUCACUGUGAGGCUGACUGAUGUCAACGACAACCCCCCUCACUUCAGACGGAGUAAGCACUGCUGUUAUCAGAUCAACACUUUACUGUCGGAUGCUUUCAAUCUCCGUGGCGGCAGAAUGUGUGUGACUGAAGAUUAAAAUGAUUAAACAUCUCGUAAUGGCAUUUGUGACAGAAGUCUGAUAUUUCCUGCCUCCUUUGGGCCCUGGCUGCCUUGGCAGGUUGGAGAUAAGAUAUAGGCUCUAAAGCAGCUAAACAGCUUGUCAGUCUGGUAUUGUUCUUUUUGUUUAUGCAGCCUAAGUAAUCAUUGUUUUUAAUAUCAGUGGGAAAACAUAACCCCAGCCAAUGCUACUGCCGUUUACAGUCAUACUCACACACCCCCUGAUUCAAAUGGACUGUGCCUUGAUGUGGAAGAGUGAAAGAUCAUGUCUGUUUUUUUUCUUUUCCAAGCCUUUCCCUGUUCCCCGCUAUUAAUAUUUCAUCCUAAAGUUCAGUGCUUUCUGCUUCAAUAGACAGUAAAAUCACUGCAGAAUAUGUCUAACACUGGGAGACAUAUACUGCAUUUCUCUAUAAACUACCUCUCCUGUUCCCUUUUCCGUUUUCCUUCCUCUUCCUUCUUCCUGACAGUCUCUGCUUUCUGCCAUUCAUCUUAAUGUUUAAAGCCCUCUCUCCUUACUUUGAUAUAUUGGGCUGCGAUACUGCACUUUAUAGAAGCAGUUUAAUAAUUCCAAAUGCCAGCUGUGUGUUAUUUAUUUACUAAUAUCUGACUAUAUCUUCCCCCCAUCUCCACCUCGCUGCAGCUCAUUAUUUUCUGUUUGACAAUAAUGCUGCGAUUUAAGCAAACGGCUCAUUUAGCAUGCUCUUUGAAUAUGUGGGUGGGGUUUAUAAAUUAUCUUCAUAAUGUAGAAGACUUCAAUGAUUAACUAUCUGCAAAGAUGGGUUGCUUUAAAGUAAAAACGUUUCACUGUGUUUACAGAAAACUGCUGUAAAACAUCAUGAGUGUUGAGGAGGUCAUCAUGUGAUGCCGAGUGUGAAAACACAAUCUCUCACAGAUCGGUGACUGCUAUUUCAUGCUUGAUAAAUGAACAGAGUGUAACCAAAUAUAAACAAUAACAUUGCUGGAAAGCUUGAAUUCUCUGUGAACAACACAGCUCUUGAUUUCUCUGUGACAAAUGGGAAAGUUUCAGCUAUUAAUUUGAGGCUCUGCAGUCCAUAUUUUAUUUGAAUCAAUAGUUUUGACACAGUGAUAAAAUAAAUAAUAAUUUACGGAGGAUCCCCAUGAGUUAUCAUCGCAGCAACAACUAAUCUUCCUGAGGUCCAUUUAAUACAGACAUUUUCAAUCAAUUGGUGUCAGAAGUUACGAAAAACCAAAGUAUCAUGUUUAAUAGUGUUAAUUACAACUCCAAUUAAGUUAGGACAUUGAGUAAAAUGUAAAUAAAACAGGGUACAAUGAUUUGCAAAUCCUUUUCCAACAUAUUCAAUUGAAUAAACUACAAACACAAGAUAUUAAAUCUCCAAACUGAAAAACUUUAUUUAUUUAUUUUUGGCAAAUAUUUCUCUUAUUUUGAAUUUGAUGCUUCAACAGACAGAAAUAAACAAGUUUAAGAAAGUGAGAGUUUGUUAAAAUUAGCGUCAUGAACAAAAAUGGAGCUCCUCAGAGGUGACUGUUUGUGAUGAGAUUAAGCACCAGCCAGUUACACAAAUUGUUCACAUAUUUUGUUAUAUACUAAAGAGGUUCAUUUGGCUUGUUGAUGAUAAAUCUAUAAAACAGUUUAUAAGGCCAGAAAAUAAAUAAAUAAAUAACAACUGAAACUUGUGAGGUACAAAACGUUUUUUACCUUUCUGGCCUAGACGAACCAUUUUAUAAAUAUUUUGUUUUAGUUGAAAUACCAGUCAAAUGUUAUGUUAAUGCUUUUACAACCAUUAUUGCUUCACUUUGUUGUAUGAGUUAAAAAUGUAUGAGUCUUAACUCUCAGAAACUCUGAUGACACUGUGCCAUUGAUUUACUGUACCUCCAUCAGAAAAAGAGUUUUUAGUGAGGUUAUAGUUGUCCCCAUGCAUGUGAACAUACAGUAUUCUAUGAGGGUCUGCAGUAGCGCUACUGAGUAGCUCUGAUGACCUCCAUUAGAAGAGGCAGGCCAUGCCACAUGCAUUAUAAACAAAAGUCCAAAACAAACCUGAUGGUACAAACUCACUGCAAGUAAAUAUGAUAGAUAGAUAGAUAGAUAGAUAGAUAGAUAGAUAGAUAGAUAGAUAGAUAGACUUUAAAUAUCACAAGAUGCAAAAAGAUAAAGCAAUUGCAAAUUGUGCAAAUUCAUAGACGAUAGAAAUAUAAGCUUUAAUAAUCUAAUAAUUAAAUGUUUUAUAUAUAUAUAUAUAUAUAUAUAUAUAUAUAUAUAUAUAUACUGUAUAGAUAUAUAGAUAGAUAGAUAGAUAGCUGGAUAGACUUUUCAACUUAAAAAUAUAAGAUACAGAGAUUUUUCAUACUCUUUAGAAGGAUCUGACUAUGUUUCUUUUUUGGGCUGUGUCACAACUCAGGGCUCUAUUUUCGUUCCUCGCCGGCGACGUGGCGUAGGCGCAGCAUAAGUCAGGUCUGCUGUGCCGACAAGGCGUGCCCAAGCACAUUUUGGUGUUUUGGUGAGUGGCGCAGCCUGGCGUAAGCAUCCCCUCUCCCUAACUCAGCUCCUCCCAGCGGCGUCAGUCAUAGAGAGGGCGUGGAGUGUUUUUAACACAGCCGAGACCUGUUUUCACCAAUUAGAACCACUCCUCUCCUCACCUUAAAAUCCGCAAGGCGUAUUACAAUUUUGGUGAAGUAGUCAAAGAGAUCAAGAGAUGUCUGAAGACAGCAAUGCCGCACGAUGGUGACAAGAAGGCAGCCCCUCAACAAGUGUCGCUGUAAGCGCUGCAGAGGGCGUCCUCCACACUCUCUCAUAUGAGCACAGAUGGAUUUGGUGUGUGUGAGGUUGGACCCACUGGUAAGACAAACACCCUUUCCACAAAGAAAGACACUCACAUGAAGUUGCAUAUAUUUAAACCUCACGCGACAAAGGUGGGUUGAGCGCACAGAUCACAACAUAAAUUCCAAUAAUGGCAUUAAAAUCGGAACCAUCUGUGCGUAAAUGACGCAUCGCGCUCCGUGGCCUGGAUCUUUCCUUCAUAGAUGUUGGCAUAUGAAAUAAAUUUGGCCCACAAAACUGAAUAUUACAAUAUCCGUAUGUAGGCUUAGAGUAAAUAACUCAUCUGAUCACUGAAAUAGCAGCUGAAAAUAGAGCCAUCAGUAUCAAUGCACUGUCCAUUUUUCGAAAAUAGAGCCCUUAGUGUCAAUGCACUGUCCACUUUUCUUUUUCUUCCAGUUUGGACAGGGUGAAAGCUCAGGGGCAGGAGCGAGUGUGGCCUCUUUAUGAGCCGACUGAAGGAAAAAAAAUCAAUCAGAUCACAGUUUCGACUCUUAUUAAAACAGCUGUCAGGAUAUCAACGGGAAAAUUUCACCCUGGUGGUAACCUUACCCUGCUUUAAGAUACAGAUCGUCAGUCUUUGUGCAGGUUGAUGGCUAUAGGGAUGAUUUAGGAAUAGGGUUUGCUUUAUUUGCAAGAUCAGUUGGUUUCAGGUAUUACCACCACGACAGGCACUGACCACCCUAGAGGGGGCUGUUCCUCCCAAUCAUGCCCUUCCAGGUUUCACUUUCACUUUCAACAUGGGUACUGAAGUCCCCCAUCAGGACGCGGGAGUCCAGAGUCCAACCCCUCUCUAGAGGGCUGGUUUCGGAGCCCACGCUAUGUGUGGAGGUGAGUCCAACUAUAUCUAGUCAGAACUUCACCAGGUCGCACACCAGCUCAGGCUCCUUCCCCACGAGAGAGGUGACAUUCCACGUCUCUGGGCUACCGUCUGCAGCCUGCACUCUACUCCUUUGGCCCCUCCUAUGAAUGGUCAGCCUAUCGGCAGGAGGUCCCAUGUGGCCUCUUCUGCCCGGCUAUUCUUCAUUAGGUUUCUAUUUGGGCUACCCUUAGUCUGAUCCCUCCCCCAGGACCUGUUUGCCAUGGGUGACCCUAACAGAGGCAUUAAGCCGCCCGACAACUUAGCUCCUGGGAUCAAUGAGACACGCAAACCCCUCCACCACGUUAAGGUGGUAGCCCGAGGAGGCAAUGAUGCCUGACAGGAGUUUCCAUGUCGUGGAGAGGCAGGUGAUCUGCCAAUAGUUGGAUGGGGCUGUUCCCUUCUGUGGAUCUUUCUGGAUCAGGACUGUCCUGCCUUGGGUCAGCCAUUCUGAGUGGGUCCCAUCUCUGAGCAGUUGGUUCAUUUCUGCUGUCAGGCAGUCAUGCAGUGAGGUCAGCCUCUUUAGCCAGUAGGUGUGAAUCAUAUCCAGGCCUGGUGCUGUCCAGUUCUUCAUACCUGAGACUUUUUCUUGGAUGUCUGCUACUGUGAUGGUCAUGGCAUGUUGUUCAGGGAGAUCGAUGUGGUCUGCUCUUAGAUCGGUUAGCCACUGUGCAUCGUUGUUAUGUGAUGGUUCUUUCUCCCAUAUGCCUUUCCAGUAUCGUUCAGUCUCCACUCUUACCCUGCUACUGAGAGUACACUUUGGCUGGUUCAGUGGAGAAUAAAGCCGGUUUAUUCGCUUGGCCUCGAUCUCUCUUGUUUAUUCGGGUGGCCAAGGCUUGGAGUCUUUGUUUAGCAGUUUCCAAGGCCUCAGAUAUGGGCAUCUGUCUGUACCUCUUAGGUACCUCUUUUCUGGAUGUACCGUUCUGGAGUUUUGACAAUUGGCUGACUUCUUUCCGUGUCAGCUUGAUCUUAGCCUCCAACCUUCUCCUCCAUGGUGUGCAUUGCCCUUAGUUCCCCUUGGUGUUCACUUUAUGUCCAAGCAUCACAGGGAUCACUGCUGCUGUACUGUAUAUCAGCUCAUUGGUCUCAGUGAUGUUCAUAGACGCAGACCUUGUUUACCCAGGCGACAUAUGAGCUGGUUUGGCUUUUACUGGUAUCGCACUCAUGUUUAUAAGGUAGGCCAUAGCGCUAAGGGUCUUGCCUAAAGACCCACACUGGUAGAUGUAGUUCGCGCCUUACAGAUAUAUAUAUAUGUCCUUAAGCUAGCUCUGUCCCCUUUUAGCCUUCAAUAGCCUUUAGGAGCUGACUUUCUCACAGCACAGCACAGUCAAUGUUGCUGAGUGUUUGGAGAGGUAUUUAACCUGCCCCGAAAGUUGACAGUUUCAUUGUACAUGCAGUAAAUCUGAACUCGACAGCUGUCUCUCAAAUCUGCACGGGGGCAACUAAUUCAUGAAAUUAAAACUGACAGUGUGUUAGUGCAUACUUCCCCAGUGCCGUACAACUCCGAUAUAAACAAGUACUAAAGAUAAAUGGCUUUUUAUAUAGCAAUUUUUCAGGAAACUGAUCUAUGAAAUGGACCUAAAGUUGUACCUUAUGUAGGUUUUGUCCAGUUAAACUGGUGCAGCUGUUACCAGCACAGGUACACAGAUGUAACCCUGUUAGGAAGAAAAAAGCUGGUGGUGUUAGCUCUCCCAAUUUAGCCAUACUUCACUGACUAAUGCGACUUUGUCUAUCUACACACGAUGUGAUCACUUGUCCUGCCAGUUUGAAAUGGCUUGGCUCAGUUUGGACUGUUUCAAACUGACCCUGUGAGGAAAUAUAGAUUAGAAAUAUUAUGAUCAUUCACAAUAUGAGUUAUAGUAAAAAAAACAACAUUGAUUAUCAUUGUACAACUAUUUGUAUUUUAGUAUUAUAUAGAUUUUAAUGUAGACUGAGAUCAAUAUUUUGUAAUCCAUUUAUAUCUGGUUAUAAGACACAGACUGAUGGUAAUUAGAAUAGUCUUUUAGAGAGGCUAUCAUCUGCUAGUCAACGAAGAGGGAGGAGAGGAGAGAAGGAAGGGUCCUCACAGCCAUGGAGAACAGGAAAGAUGGGGUUAGGCAGGCUUAUAUAUGUACACACAGGUGAUGACACCGGGGAAGGAGAUGAUGAGAUUCAGGUGAUGGAAUUGUUUUUUAGAGGCAUGCUUCUGACUCUGCAUCCAUGUUAUUAAUAAUGUCAUAAAAAAAGAUUUCUCAAAGACCUUGGAUAUGAAAAUAAAAGUAAAUUUGAAUCAACCAAAAUUACAAGCGAGUGAAUCUCACAAACAUUGGAAAGCUGUCACCACUAGCUGUGUAUCACUUACAGCCUCACUGGGCCAAGUCUAAUGUCUAAUUCACAAAAUUGCCUUUGACAUUGCAGCACAGCUACACUCAAAGUUUGCAGCAGUGUUUGUGCAUUUUCCUUGAUAAGCCUCUGAUUGUAAUUAUCCAUGUGAAAAUUAUAUAUGUGGCGGCCAAGAACACAGUCAUCAGGAAAGGAACAGUGAAAACAAAUAUUCUCCUCAGAGACAUCAGUUCAGGAGCUCAUCUGGCAUGACGGUGCUUUCACCCUGUUCAUUGGAAAGUCUGGCUAUGAAACCCUUUUAAAUGUAAAACUCUCUAAAGACCCUAAUAAUUUCACUCUAUUUGUGCGUUGCUGUUUGCGCUAGUGUUUGUUAAUUGGACUUUUGCUGCAAUGAGUCUCAUUUGCAUAAAAUGGGGCCAGUUCGGUGUCACAUGCAUGCAUAUUACCUAAUUUAAAUCCAUGCUACAGCAGCAGAGUGCUGUGACUCUGUUGGCUUGGCGGCUAUAAAGGGAUGUUAUCACAUUCUGUGAUUGCUUCGAGAAUAACACAGUUUCUUUCUGUCUUAUUUGUGCUGGCAUUUCCUAGAUAUGUCUAUGCCAUCCGAAAAUUUGGGCCACAAGAAAGGCUGCAGCUCAUGGUUAGAUAUUCAGUUACUGCUAAAACGGGGAAAAUGGUACAAAAAUACAGAGUCAUACAGCCAAAGAUCCAGCAGACCAACAGAUGUCUUUCAAAUUGCUUUUUUCAAUCUGAUUGGCCUUUCAGAACACACAGACAUUAAGCCUGGAAUCACAUAUUCUGCAACCAAGCCUCACUUAAGCUAAAACAAAAAAAAAGGUACACGAUUCAUUGUUAGCCAUAUUUUUUAUACUUCUGUCUUAAACAUGUUGAUGCACUUUGGUACCACCUUAUAGAUGCAAUUUUUCCUGGUCUUCUAGCUGCUUACAAAAGAGAGACCACCUCCUCCCAUAAUACUAGUGUAAAAGAUGAUAAACCCUGGUACAUUUAGAUUUUGAUCACAAACACUGCAAAGAGUUCAGGUAAUACUAAUAUGAGGAUUUUGAUCUUAAGUUGUACUUGCAGCAGUUUGAGUUCCUUUUCCUAGUUACUAUCUCUACACUGCAGGUUAGCGAGGAGAAAAUAUGCAUUUCUACAGAUUUGAAGGAAUUUCAUGUUCAAAUUCAGCUCCAGGGAGGCAAGCUGUGGAUUUUUUAGGUGAUGCCAGUGACCUAUAACAAGCAGGGGAGCUUAUAGUUGGCCUUUAGCCUUCAGGGUAGAUAAGACCUUUCCGAUCCUCUACAGGGUCUAGUGUCACCCAGUUUUACAUAACCACUGGCUAACUAUAUAUGAUCCUGAUUGUUAUUUGAGUACCAGCUGUGUACCAUUAGUGUGGCUUGUAAUUGUUUAACUUAUGGUACUUAUUCUCUGCAACCUUGUUGUGGUUUUUGUCAAAAAACUUUUGUCCAGUUCAACAUAUUUGUAUAUGAUUAGCAUAAAGGAAACAUAAGUAUAUGAUUUGUCCCAUGUAAGAUAAUUGCCAGUUGAUUAAAACUCAGAAUUAUUAGAUAAUGUGUCAUACAUGUGAGAUAAAACUUUAAUAGUAAUGCAUCAGAUUUUAUUCAUUCGCUCACACAUUCAUACCUCAGUGGUGGUAAACUACCUUAGUAGUCACUAAGGUAGUAUCAUAGGCUGCCAGUUUGCGCCUAUGAUCUCCCCGACCACCACCACACAACACUCACAAUCAUACACCAGUGGAGGACACACAUUAGGAGCAAGGUGGGUGAAGUUUCUUGCCCAAGGACCCAACAGACAGACUAAGGAUAGGGCGGGGACCAAACCGCCAACCUUGCAGUUAUUGGACAACUGCUCUACCUCCUGAGUUACUGCCGCCUAAGUUGUAGACUGUGUCCAUCCAAAGACAUGGUUAUUGUUUUUUUUUUUCAUAGUAGGCAGUCUAAGUUGUAGUCUCAUAGUUUUGUCUUUUGUCUUCAUCUUACUCUCUUGUUAUUAGGUUUUACUUUUUUUCCAGUUUUUUCACAGUUUUAUAAGUCAUUCUCUUCAUCAAAAUGUGUUUAUUAUCUUUGAGUCAAGUUAGCUCACCUGAUGUUGGGCUAACCAUUUGUUUGUUUGUUUUGGGGGGUGUUUUUCAUAUAUAGCAGGUGUAACCUAGUCCUAAUCAAAUUGACACACUAUGUUAGAUUUUGAUUUUAGAUUUGACAACUUUAUAAGGCUGGAUUACAAGUUAAUUUUAUUUUUUUGAAAAUGUUAAGUUUUAGUUUGGUCUCAAUUUGUGUAACUGUUUGUUUUAUUCUUUUUUUUUAAUGGGAUACUCAUGAAGGGCAAGACCCCCCUUAAAUUUAACACUGUGUAGAAAAACUUAAAGCAAGAUUUAUUUUGGCUAUUUGUCGGAGAUUGGCUAUUUAUAAGAUUUAUUUGUCAGAGAUAAGACUUAUUUUGAAAUUAACUAAAUGGUCUUCUAUCUCUAUGAUCACUGGAGAAGGAUCCUCUUCUUCAGCGGGGGGGACCCCGUGCUUGGUCUAGGACCAUAGGGGAAGGAUCCCGUGCUUGGUCUAGGAUCAUAGGGGAAGGAUCCUGUUCUUGGUUUAGGAUCAUAGGGGAAGGAUCCCGUUCUUGGUCUAGGAUCAUAGGGGAAGGAUCCUGUUCUUGGUUUAGGAUCAUAGGGGAAGGAUCCCGUUCUUGGUCUAGGAUCAUAGGGGAAGGAUCCUGUUCUUGGUUUAGGAUCAUAGGGGAAGGAUCCUGUUCUUGGUCUAGGAUCAAAGGGGAAGGAUCCUGUUCUUCACCUAUGGCCAUUGUUGAUGGACCCUCUCCUUUGAUCACAGGAGUAUGAUACCUUUUUGGAGUUUUUUGUGACUUGAUAGCCUUGUUUUUGUAUCCAGGCUCAGUUUCCUCCUCUUUUUCUCUGAAAUGAAGCCUUCUUGGAUUAUUUUAAGGGCCUGGAAAACCUUAUCAUACCUUCUUUUCUGUGAAGAUCUUUCCUCACAGAUCCUCAUCCUUUUCUUUUUAUGAGACAAGCUGUCUCCACCUUCUUUGCCUUCCAGUAAAACUGUUUCAGAAGAAGAAACUACUUGUAAAUGAGAGCUGAAGUUGAGUGAAAAAAGUUUUUGAGGUAAAACUGCCAAAAAGAAAACAACCAACACACUCGUGCUUGUCUCAGAUCGAGCAGUGAUUGAGCUCUGCUUGGGUUGAUUCGGAUAUAACUGUUGGUUGUUUACACAAGGGACCCCUUUCAUUGUCAGUAACAUAACAAGUAAAAGGUUAACACAUUUAAAUCGUAAAAGUAAUAAAUGCCCAAAUCUUACAAUUAAUUGUUCAAAUAAUAAAUAACAGCCAUUUAAAACUCACAUAAAACAGUAUUGUUUUAAACAAGAACAAUCACAAGCCUAUUACCUAAUUUAAAGCUCUACAUUUGAAAAUGUAUGUAAAACAUAGUACAAUAAACAUCGGUUUAGCUCUGUUUUUUUUUUUCAGAAUUAAUGUCAAAAGGUAAUUGAUGUUGUAGUUUAGAUUCUCACAGUACAAGUUGAAAUGUCAGGAAAAAUCACUAGUGCUAUACAUCAACUAAUGCCCAGGUCAAACUGCACGAUUUUUCCUUUUCAGAUUAAGUGAUCACAGAACCAUAGAUUUGUGACAGACCACGCAUCAGUAUUUUACUAAUCACCACCAGAGCACAGGUGCGGGGCUAGAUGACACCUGGAAAAGCUAACAGAAGUUAUUGAAACUGUCUGCCUUUAUUAGUCUGUCAUGAUAACUCCUCAAUGACAUAUCAUAAAGGCAGGGAUGUUGUUGUCGAGUUAAAUUCACCUUUUCUCUGUCUCAUAGUUUCAUCAUCCCUUUGCUUUGGCAUUUUGUUUGUAUAGCACACACAGAGCACUUUGCACUCUGUUUGGUCAACAUCACUGAUGUGAAGGGGGAAAUUGUAGGAAACAGAAAGAAAAUAAGAUAUGCUAAAUUCUGGUCAGGAGGUUGUGAGAAUGUUAGCUCGAUUGUCAUUCACUCUGACAAACUACAUGGGAUAAAAUGCAACUUUUACAUUUUGUUGCUAGUGGAUCCUGACACCUGGCGUCUGCUGGCUUGUGUUGUUGUUCUUAAAAUGUGCUGUCUGACCUGUUAUAUAACAGUAGUUUAUCCACCUAAAAGACCAGAAUUCAGCAGUGUUAAAUGACUGCUAUUCCAAAAUGUGACUGUAACUGCUCUGAAUCACAGCUGUGUCAGAAACAAGUCAAGUUUAUGCCAAUAUUAGCCCUUGUGACUUGCAUAUACCAGAUGCCAGUUGUACCUCAGAGUAUGUCCCAUUGUUUUAGCUGGCUUUUGACUGUUUGCUGAUUAUUUAGGGGGGAUAAUAAGACUUUGUCUAUUUUUUUUCAUCUUUAAGUUUCAAUCACUUGUGAAUCUGGAGUACAGCUGCAUGCUAUCACACCAAAUUUUGAGCUUCCCACCUUGCGUGUGAUGUUAUUGGACGAUGACCGUCAGCUGAAAACAGUAAAUUGGCCUCAAACUUUGAAACCAAGAGAUGAUGACAACUUCCCAGGGGUGUGUGUAGACAUGUGAGUGUAGCAUUAGAGCCAAUCCUUCAAACUAGGUCAUGAAUUUAAAAUGAAAACCACAAAAUUGUGCCAGGCACCAUCCCGCUGCUGCACCUCAUCCAAAUUCAGAGCCAGUCCUCUGAGCCAUUAUAUUCACUGUUAUCUUCUCUGCAGGUGCGUGGUCAUUCUCUGUGUCGGAGCUAGCAGCACCAGGUGUGGAGGUGGGCCGCCUCACCGCCACUGAUCCCGAUCUGGGAGAAAACGCGCAGCUGGAGUUUACCAUCCUAGACGCAGAGGAGGCAGAGACAUUCAACAUAACCAGCAGAGACCAAGAGGCUGUGAUUGUGCUCAACAAGGUGAGAGAUGAGGAGAAAAAUGAAUAACAAAUGUUUUCAGACAGCUACAUGGAGCUGAAUUUACUUUAAUGACCACAUAAUGAAACAAAUUUGCUUUGGUCGCGGUUUGCAGAUUAAUUUGAUUUGGUCAUUUAAACACUUUGUCGCUCCACUGGUACACAUUCUGCCGCUGACAGGUUCACACUCCCAAGGCUCUGCACGAGCAAUUAAUGAGCAACAAUGAGCUAAUGAGAGGCUGGUGAAAAAUUGUUGCUCAUUUGAUGUGAGAGGGCCAUGUUAGAGGCAGCCAGCAUGGGUUUGUCUUUUCAACUUGAAAGGUUUAACAGCAUUGUGGCAUUCAAAGAUAAUUAUUGCUCAGUGAAAUAAUAAAUUAGCAAACCUUGCAAAGGGUGAGAAAAGAAGAGGCUGAAGACUUUUAACUAAAACAUCUGGGGGGGGGAAAAAACUCCACUAAAGAGUAUUACAUGUUAGUUUUACGUUAGUGGAUUCAAAUUCACACCAACAAUGAUUACAAACUGAACAUUUUUACUUGUUUUUGAGCGAUGCGAAAAAGUAAAAACAACAGCCAGUUAGUCUGUAGUUUUCUGCUUGGAUUUGAAGAUCAAGUAGGAGUGCACACCCACCUCAAACUGCGAAACACUUUCUGUCAUCAGUGAAGAGAGUGGAGGUUUUUCUGGAGGACAGAGAAAAAGACUGAACCAAAGAACCAACGAACCAAAGUAUGGUUGCAUAAGAAAUAUAUAUGCAUAAUGGCUGCAGUUUCGCUUGCAGCCCCCUCACCAGACAUCCUGAGUCUGUCGGAGAGGGGAUCUGUUUGCACUGCUAGUGAAAAGUGUAAUUGGGAGGAAAGUAGUGACAAUGUGUGGAGUCAGCGCUAGAAGGAUAGCAUGCAAUUUCUGCUCUCCUAUGUGUGUGAAAAAGUCAUGCCUCUUGCAAUACCAGAGACUAAUUAAUACAUUUACACGCAUGUUUAAAAUGAGCUGGACAAAAAACAGAGACGGGAAACAUUGACAACUUUAUGGCUCUGUUUUUGGUUCACACAAUGCCACAGCUCUGCCUUUUUUCAUCCCUCCUUCUUCUGUUGAGGCUUUGUCUACUACCCAGUUUCUGCAACAGUUUCAUAGUAUACAGCUUAGCGUGUUGUGCAAACUGUGGAGCAUACGCAGAACUAGGCCACUUUGAGUCUGACUGACAUGAAUACAUCGAAGAGGAAAUCCAACUCCAAAUACAUUUUCAAGGUGUGUUAGACUACCAACAAAAGGUGUGAUUCAGUGCAAUUUCAGCUGGGCUAACCUGGUCACCUAUAUUUUAAAAGUCCAGUUUCAGUCAGACUAACAUUAAAUAGAUCUAUUCAAACAUUCAUACACCGUGUUCAAGACUUUGUCAAGCCACUUUUGUGGAGUUACAGUUUGUUAGCAGCUUGUGUGUGUUUUAACUUUUCACAUUGUCCCCCGCAGAUAAUUUGGUUCCAAAAUAGAUUGACUGUUGUAAAGAGAGUAAUAGGUGUUGUAAGAGUGACGGUGUGUUCUUUAAAAUGAAAAGAAAAGUGUGUAUGUAUCGGUAUUAUCGGCAGUAGCUGCCAAAAUGAUUUUAAAGUAUUGGCUUAUUGUACAUCAGCAAAAAUGCUAAAUUGUGAAUCCCUUAAACUCUGUUCUGUCAUUGAUGGUAGAUUAGCACCCAGCCCCGUGUGACCUGCUGUGUUUUAAUUUAGACUCUGCAUUUUAUGUUUGAUUCACCAGGCCCGCUGGUUUUAACGAGGUAAAUGAGACCUCUUAUUUAAACCUGAAAACUGAUCUAUCAUCAGCAACAACUCAGCUCAGCCCCCGAGUACUUGCCACCCAAAAGUCUCCCAAAGGCUCCAGUUUUGACAAGAAAACUGCUUAAUUCAGUUUUUCCAUAGAUUUGAAUAUCUUAAUAAAAAAGGAACACAGUCUUAAAGAUGUAUGACAGCUUCAUUUAAAUAAACUUUAUUCUAAUUUUAACCAGUGAAUAGUUUUGUACCCCUCAGGCUUGUAAGGAUACUUCUCAAACUGGCAGCAAUUUAGGUUACACUAUGUGAUUAAAAACUGUGUCUGUGUAUUAUGCUUCAUUAUACAGCCCAAGGGUGAGUACAAAUAACUUGUACCGUAUGUAAGAUCUUAAAGUAAAGCCUGGCAGUUGACAUUGCUUUGUUUUUCACCCCACAGCUGCUGGAUUAUGAGACCCGAAACUCUUACACUUUUGCUGUGGAAGUUGCCAACCCUUUGGUUGACCCCCGGUACCUUAGGAACGGCCCCUUUAAGGACCAGGCGACAGUCCGGGUCAUGGUCCUUAAUGCUGAUGAGCCGCCUCGAUUCUCUCAGGCUCGGUACCAUCUGGACGUGUCGGAGAACUGCCCUCCUGUCUGCUCCGUUGGCCGGGUCUCUGCUGUGGACCCGGACACAGGGCAAAGCAGCAACAUCAGGUGCUUUAUUACCCCGUCACUCACACAUUAAGUCACUCUCUCAGGGCACUCUUCGCUAUCUUCGUCCUCCCCUUUCCUAUUUUUGCUCUCCUAUCUCAGGUACUCCAUCGAUCCCCAGUCAGACCCCGAGGCUCUGUUCCGCAUCGCCUCUGACACGGGCUUUAUCAGCACGGUGAUGGAGUUGGACCGUGAACAGGAGCAGUGGCAUAAUAUCACAGUCAUCGCCACACAGAGGGGUAUGUCAGCCCCCUCUGGCCCCCGGGCGCAAUGAGCAGCCGAGCUUACAAGAGCCAUUUGUCACCAAAAGCACCGCCUGGAGUGUGGAAUAAAAUGUUAGGAGUAAGAAAUGAUGGAAAUCCAGUGAUGAUUUCAACAUUUCAUGUCUGUUUCCUUUUCUCCCAGACAAUCCAAACCUUGUGACGAGGGUUGUGGUGGCAAUAGAGACGAUGGACCAAAAUGACAAUGCUCCAGAACUGGACAGAGAGUACACCACGUCUGUGUGUGACUCCAGUGCCCCCGGCCAGGUCUGUUAUGAUUAUUUUGUUCAGCAAUAUUUGGGCAUCUUCAUCACUAUUUUGUACAUGAUAUUUGUAUAUGGAGUUUGAACUAAAAAUCAAUGCCAUCCCGCUCUGUGGUCAAACCAAUGAUACUGACACUGACGUGGAUCAGACUUCUAACAUGUAGAGAUCAUAUCAUACAAAGAGGUAGAGUUACAUUUGCAGCCUUUAAAUCCAUAAACAGGUGAAAGCUUGGGCUGUCUACCAUAAAAAAGGCUGUAAAUCCACAGUGACUGUCAUCUAUAGCUUUAGCUUCAGGUUGUCAUUAGGAAGUUCCCAGAUGAAAUUUUUGGUGCUAAUCAAUCAAUUGAGCUUCAUUUGUGUCACAACUUUUAUAUAAUCAAAAGUGCUUUAUCAAAACUAAAUAAAUAAAUAAAUAACAGAAAUGGAUUUAGAACCACAGACCAAUGAACAUUAGCAGCAAUAAGAUACAUGAAAUUGCUCGCAGUUGCUGCUUCUUAUUCCUGUCAUACAUCUUUUGUCAUUUGGAUGGCAACUUUUUACUGAAAAUGAUUCAUUUUGUUAAAAUUUGAGGACUUUUUCCUCUUCUUUUUGAAUAUGAAGCGUUUUCUUCCUUUCCCUAAAAAGAUAGCAAUUUUUACAUUAAAACCACUUUGACCCUGCUUGGCAUCACCGGACCAAUUUAUCUUGGUUACUCAGACUACAACUGUUCAAUUCAUUUCAUUUUGUGAGUGGCGUUAACAACGGAAGCAUGCAGAAGUGCCUCUGACAGGGAUUGUUGUAAACCUACAACCAAUCAGAUCCACACAGCAGGUGACAUAACAACAGGAAGGGUUAACAGACAGCUGCAUGCAAAAGAAGGAAAUACAUCCUUCUUAAAAAUGAACACUGUAAAUGCAGUUGUUAAUUGUGGUUUUGUUGAAGGUACAUCAGUAGCCAUUGCAGAUUAAGCAAACCUCCCAGCAGCAGAUGCUGCCAUCUUGGCACUCCUGUGUUGUCAUCUUAUAGAACCCGCCCCUUUUCAAAUGAAGGUUUGUGAUUGGUCUAGUAUGUCUGACACCAAAGAGUAGUUGUACAGGGUGACAACAGCUCCAGUUUAUUGACUGUAUACAGAAUGGACGCCGUCUGCCUCCUUGCUGGGUGAAGCCACUCCGAGAACAGCACCUCUGUUGAUGGGCUGCAGUACAGGUCAUAAAUCCCGCCUCCUCCAGCAAUCCUUAUGGAGCUGUGGACAAACUUGAGAAUUCCACAGAAUAUACCCGCCCCCCCAGCUUGCGAUGUUGAAAUGUAGUUACUGUAAGACUGGUUUGUGCUCAAGUCCUCUUUUUUCUGUACAGCUCCAUUUUUAAAAUUUAUUAGGGGGUUCAUGUUUUCUGUGAUUGACACUUGAUACAGCCUAUGGGCGUACAAAGAUUGCGUAGCUCACCCGGGGGAUACGCUGUUUGAGACAGGCAUCAUUACAGCGACUCUUGGCAAUUCUCCCGCCAAAUGCAUACAAUGCUACUGCGCAAGUGGUGAAGAGCAUACAACGCUACUGGGCAAUGUUGGUUUCAAGAAAUGGAGAAAAGUCACGGAAAUACUGAGAGCUUUUCGGCUUCAAAUCCAUAAACUGGCGGAAGGCAGAACAAAGUUGUCCAUAGUAUAUACUGUCUAUGCUCCAGACCCAUGAAAUAAAUCUGAUCCUGCAACUAACUGCAGCUCAUUUUUUCUCAUACCAGCUUGUUGUGACUGCACUUGUUCUGUCUGUAUGUUACAGUGCAUCACAUACCUGCUGUGUCGGCAUGUGUAAGCUUGGUAAAGACUAAAUUAAAUUAGCCUAUACUGAUAAAAUGGUGUUAUUAGAAUAAUCAGUGAUAAAAUAUUCAAAAAAUUGGAGGAUAAGUUAUCAGCCCGAUUUAUAUUGUGCAUCCCAAAAGUCAUGUUCAAACUUGUAAUAAUCUCAUUUAGAUAAUGCUAUUUGGGCAAAGAUGAGCCCCUGAGCUGUUCACGAAACAAAAUCAGACACAAAACAACACCUCAGAGAUAAGAAUCCCAAUGAAUAAAACCACAAAAUUAGAUCCAUAAAAGCAAACAAUACACUGUAAUAAAAUUGUAACAGUAUUAGGCUGACUCAAAGGCCAAAUUAAAACAGAGGGUCCACAAAUUUUAAAUUCUGUUGGAGGUUUUCAGUCCUUAGAUUGAAGUUUUCUCCAGUAUGUAGAGCAAUGAAAAGUAUCUGCUGGUGUAAAACAUUUUGUCAGACCCUUCAGAAACCUGUAAUAGAAAAGCAGUAAGGCCUGAGCAUUUAGGAUGGGAUGAAAACUGAAAGGAAGAAAGUUAUAUCCAGAGGUGUUAAUUAAGGUAAGGCCUUGUAGAGGAGUAUGAGGAGUCAAAACGGGAAAUCUGAGUAAACAUAUUGAUUUAAUUAAGCACAAUGAUGAUAAAGUUUAAGUGCAUUAAUGAACAAUAACCCAGAUAAAACUGUAAAUUACAAAAUCAGGGACCUUGGGACUGUCUCAGUGGUAGUAAGGAUGUCUUCUUUAUUUUUAUUUCAUUAUUAUCAUUUUCUUUAAUCUUAAGUAUUUGGGUCACAGUGAGAGUACUGGACCUCUUCUGGAUGAAAUCCUCAGGACCUGCAGGGUCAGCCCUGACCGUGAUCCUGAAUGAUGGUUACCUACAUUUCAUGAGAGCAGGGCUGAGAGCUGGGGGACGAGGCUUUUGUGCAAGAGCAUUAUAAAUAAAUAAAUAUAAGUGCUGAUCCCUCCUCGCUGAUAAACCAGGACGGCCAGCUUUUUGGUACAGUAGACGACUGUGUCCCAUAGCUCUCACGAGAAAUGAAUCUCAGUGUCGAGUGGUGCAUUACAUCUGAACAGGGGAGACUUAUGUGUCUUCAUGCUUCAAUACAGAGAUAAAAAAAAAACUGCCUCAACGAGGAUUUUUCUUCUAAAUUACAAAAAUAUAUAUUUUUUUUAAAUCCUUAAAGCAUGUCAAUUUGUGUUUUCUAAAUUUUACAUCUAUAUGUAUAUGUCUGCAAUGUCACACCCUUUCUGUUGUGCUGUUGAGUCAAAACACUGUCUGUAUCGAUAUUUGAGUGAUUUAAAACACGUUUCUUAUCUUUUCACAGUUUAAGAUCAAGUCAGGGAGCUGUUUUGAUUGGAGCUCAUCAGAGAUGUAGCUUAGGACAGUAAAAAUAGAUACAAGAUAUGAAGCAAAUCAGCGAGAUGAAAAAUAAAUAUCUAUACCCUUUUUAAACAGCAGAGGGUGGUGUCUACCUUCUUGUUUGAAAUAUUACACAGUUUAGAUAUGUAUUAUAAAUGAAGAUUUUGGCGCUAAAUAUUUAUUCCUCAUGCUGAUUUUACGGACUCACAACUCGAUUAGAAGGUGUGUCCUUUUAAAAGAAAAGCAUACUUAUCAUCAAGUCAGGUGAUGAAGGCAAUAAAGAUAUGUUGAAGUAAGGAAGCACACAGCAUCACAUUUAGCAAGUUCAUGGUAUGUGAAAGACUGAGUGGAGACCAAAUCUAGCUUUUAUACAAAAAGCAAAGCAUAAUAAUAAAACAGACAAAUAUAAUACUUUGUGAUUUCCUUUAACAUCGUUUGAAUAGAAUAAUGUUCCCAAAAUAUUGGAAUCAAGUUGUCACCAUUAAAUCCGUUUUUUGGGUCAGCUGAUUGCAUUUACAAAAUACUGUCAUCACAGAUUACCUCUCUUUUUGUGAGAAUGGAUCAUGUCAGUUCCUUAGAGUUAACAAUUAAAUUUGUGUGAAUUUUUAGGAUUGAAUUGAACUUGGUCAUGUUUAGAUAUUUAUAAUGAAAAUAAUCUUUUAUACGCAGAAACAGCAUCAACCAUAGAUUACCUUUGUUAACUUUGUAUGGUGUUAAUUGUCAAGUUUGGAUGUUUUUGUCAAGGUUGUCUGUAUUUUUAGAACUGGCAGUCUGUUGGUUAUUCUGUUCUCAUUUAUUUCUAUUAUAAUAAGGCCUCGGAUGAUUAGCAGAGCCUGUUUUUAACAAUGCAAUCAGAGUUCUAGUAACAAACAGGAGCUGUGGGCCUGAGCCAGGCAGAAUUCAGAAUAAAACAAGAGAAAUGUCAAUCAAAGCAAGGAGGAUGUUCAUCAAAACGAAGCAGGUGUCAGUCAAAACCUGAUUGCAGCAGCUUCAGAGUCUGAAGCAGCUUCCCUAACAGGAAAAUGAGAUUUUUUUAACCAGGUUUUCUAAAAGGUCUGAAUAUUCAUUUUGUUGAUUCUCCACUAAACUCUUAACUUUGCUGCAUACAUGAAAUUUUAUGGCAAAAAAAAGCAUAUUUCCCAGAGCUUUGAGCAUAUUAAGAUAUUACUACAAGCUAAAACUACAAGGAGUGUCAAAAAUAGUGUCAUAUUAUUUUCAUUUGUGUUUGGCAGGUCGUUCAGGUCCUGCGAGCCAUCGACAAGGACCAAGGAGGUCAGGACACCCCGGUUCACUUCAGCAUCCCCCCAGAGUCCAGCUCUGCCCUCAACCUCUCCAUCAGGGAAUCUGGAGGUUGCACUGCUUGACUUUGCUCCUCUCUAUCAGACACAAUCAGAAAUACAACAGAAUCCAAAAAAAAAAGUGGUGCAGGCUGUUUGUGCAGUGACCGUGUGUGAUGUGUGUUUCUGUUCUUUCGUUAUCAGGUGUGACAGCCAGCCUGGUUCUGCAGUCAGCCUUGGAGCCCCUCCCUGGCUUCUCCUCAUCCUUACUCACCCUCUACGUGCCAGUUGUCCUCCGCGACGGGGCCUCGGGUCUGACCAACACUGGCACAGUCACCGUGACCAUUUGUCCGUGUAUGCGGGGGGGCAUGCAGACGGAGGAUCGGGGAAAGCAGAGGGACAGGCGAUGGGAGAGACACAUGGUUUGUCUCCCCAUGCCUUCCUCCUCUACGUCCCUCAUUUUCAGUCUGGUCACCUUACUCGCCAUGCUGGCAUGUGUCACAACUCUGCUCGGUAAGUUUCGCCGGUGUAAUUCUAUUUCGCCAAUGCUCUGGAGUCUGUGAAGCGCUGCAAAUCUGAUGUUUGUGAUUUUUUUAAAGGAUGCUGACUCAUUGUGUCAGGUUUCCUUCUUAAUGUUGACAACCGUGUGUCUCCUCUGUGCCCGUCAGUGGUGUGUGCGCUCUCGCUGUCAUUGCGCCAUCAGAAGCGAGACUCCCACUCGCCCUUCGAGGAGGAUGAUGUCAGGGAGAACAUCAUAUCCUAUGAUGACGAGGGGGGAGGGGAAGCAGACACCGCAGCUUUUGACAUCACAGCGCUGCAGAGCAUGCACCGGAUGCAGCACAUGCACAACGGCAGAAACAUGUGAGCUGUUCCCAAAAUAAAAACAAAGUUUAUCCUUGUGACUCUGGCUUGUGAGAGCGUGUGCGUUAGUGAGUGUGUGCGUGUUUCUCUGACGUUUAUCUCUUGGCACAGAUGGUACACCCAACAGAAUCCUCCGCGGGCUCGGACGUGCAGCUGGAGUCGUAACCCACGCCCCGGCCUGAGCCCUCAGCAGCGUCCGGGCUCUGCUCCCCUCUACGGACGCCUUUGUUACGGCCUCCACACGCUGCCUGUUCUCAGAGAUUAUCCAGUCGGGCCUCUGGAGGCGGGUGUGCAGCUAACACAGCUGACCCACAGGCUGAGUGGGGGUCACGUUGGCAGCUCCCUGGUGAUCCAGAACCAGAACACCUUUGAUCCUCUGCUGCGCUCUCCUGAGAUCAGCACUGGUUGUUAUGAAGCAGAGCACAUGCUGGGGAAGAACAAAAUCACAGACAGACAUGAAGGCAGCGAGGCAAACACAGCCGACACUAAAGAGCUGCAGGAUCAGGCCAAGGUCAGAUGAUGUGGUCAAAACUUUUAUGUGGAGGCAAAAAGGGCUGUAAAAUAAGAAUUACAUUAGCAAGUGAGUAAAAGUUUCCCUGGAAAACAGCCUAAAAUAUGCAUUACUGAGAUGCUUGAAAACUCAGUAACUCCAGAAUGCUGAAUGGGCAUUUGUGCCAAGAAGAGAGCAAGAUCACCUUUCAUUUUUAUUUUCUACUGUCUUUGUGAAUCAGUGAAAAAGUUUUAACACUGGGAAGUCAGAAAUAAGUGUGAAAAAGUUGCCAGACUUGACUUGCAGAAAAACUAUAUUGAAUUUGAGGAAUUAAGUUGUAAUUUUAGCAGAAAGAAACUAUAAUUAGAGAGCGAUUUCACUGUAAGACGAGACAAAGGCAGGUAUCAGAGGAGGAGCCAGUUGUCUGCAGUAAAACAAAGAAAGUGGAGUAUUUGAUUAAGUUAACUCAACAUCCAAGGAUGGAUAGUAUGUGCAGAUGCCUGCUCAGGCUGCCUGUUUGACUCCUCUUCUUUAGAGCAGACUCAGGACCUGAUCAUAAAAGGAUUGUGCCGCUUUUGUCCCCACUUUAUGAGUGCAAAUGUGCCAAAAAGACAUUUUCAAAUUCGAAAAAACGUGCCAAGUUAAAUUCUUCACAAAGUGCACUGCAGAGCAUAAGCAGCCACUGUGAAUCAGUUUGCAGUGUUGUUAGCAUCUAUGCUUGAAGAAAGACAUGCCCCUUAGAGCACAGGUUUGUUCUUAUCGGGUGAAAUAAAGACUAAUGUCUAGUCUUCGUCUGUUCUUCCUAAAAAGCAUACAGAAAGGCAGUCUAGUUUGUAGUUUAUCCCCCUUCAUAACACGUCCAAAGGAUAUGAUCAGGAACACAAAGUGCCGUGUGGAUCCUCCAGUGAGCUAACUAACACCCCUGUCGCAGCUACCAAAGCUAACACUACACUUGUUAGAGGUAACGGUUCCAUGCUGGGCACAGUUUGCAGAAAUAAAAGAGUCAAACCUCACAAAUCAGUUUGUUUGACAUCUGUACUCAACAAGGGUGCUGCAGACCAAUGCACCAGGAUCUUCAACGUCACAGCUGGUAACAAAUCCAGUGUGAUGAAUCUUCAGACCCUUAUGUCUUACUUAAGUGCACAAAUUUACAGAUAUUUUGGUCUGUUGAAUUUCCCUUCGGGCAUCAAUAAGCUCGUCUCAGCUUCUCGUCAGAAUAGGAUUUUUAGACCUCUAAAGUCUGAUGAAGUUCUGUAAGUCACUUUGUCCAAUAAGGAGGAGACUAAGAUGAACUGACCUCUGCUGUAACAUCUGGAUUUUUCAGCCCCUGCAGAAAAGGUUUUAUGGUUCGAAAGCUUAAAAUUACCUCAAUUACAGUCAUAAAUACAGACAGGUCUUAAGUCGGAUGUUAUUUAAAUUUAAAUUUGGAAAAUGAAAUAGUAACUCAGCUGCCAUUCCUCCCUUUUAAAUUAAGACUGUAAAUCAUUUGGUCCUUUUUUUGCCUCCAUAUGUUCGCCCCUCCCCAUCUGUCUGAAUCAUCUAAAAUCUCCUCGUGUCUUUUUCUCUAACAGAAAAACCCGACAGAAACAGAGGCGACACCAGCCAGUGUCUCUGCAGAUUUGUCCCACUGUGACCCAAAUGAGUCCUCAUGCCAAAGUCACACCAGCUCCUCGUCAAACCAGCACGAGGGCCGACCGGGGUCAUCGCAGACCCAGAUCAGCACAGGAGCCACCAGCUGCACAUUAGAUGACAUUGAUACUGACUCCUCGAUCCCCUCCGUUUCAGAGCGGAAUUAUUCAAGCGGAGGUCAAAUGGGCUCUGUAAAUCCUCCUGUUUACCUGCCAGGAGACACCUACAGCAUUGUGGGCUCGCUGAAUCCAAACAGCAGAGGGACGUGUUUGAACGGGACGAGCAGCGGCGGUUUGUUCCCAGCGGGAGUGCAGCUACUGAACAUGUGCAAACUCCAGGGGAAAGAUUUGACCUCGCAGCCUUUGUCCUUAUCCGGGGGGCUAUUUGGGAACAGCAGAGGCUGGGCAUGUGGGGUGGAGCCUACGAGAGGAGAGGCCGCAAACCCGCAGCCUCUCCGGAUGGAAGAUCUCCUGAACAUCCGUCUGGAUCAGGUCACCUUUGACCUGUCGCAGCCGCCGUAUGACUCACUCCAGACUUACGAGUUUGAGGGCCGUGAUUCACGCGCUGAGUCACUGAGCUCAUUGGAGAGCGACGGAGACAAAGACGAGGGGAAAGUGGUGGGAGGGAUGGAGGAGCUAAACCAGAAGUUUCAGCGGCUGGUGGAGAUCAUCCGUGAGCGAGAGAAGGAGAAGAAGGGAGAGGGGGCAGAGAGGAAGGCAGGAGAGACAGCAGAGGAUGAGACUCAUAAACAAAAGGAGGACAAAGAGAAACAACAGCAGAGAUGGGAUUUCUAGUCUGCAAUAAAGGAAAAGUUAGAGAGAGGAGCAGGCUGUCGACAGUGAUGGAUUUUGAACACAGCGGGGGAGGAUAAACACACCGCCUCUCACAGACAUUUCCUUGUUUUGUCCCCCCCUGCAGGGAAAAUCCAGGUGUUGGACAGGAGAAUGAGGGUUUGUGUGAAAGUCGGUGCACAUCGUAUAGUUUUCACCUCCACUGUCUUUAUAGAAAUGCAUAUGGAUCUGUCACUUUUCACACCGCUCAUGUAGCCAACAUUAAUAAUGCACUUGGGCUUUCAAAGCUAAAGUUAUGAAAAAUUAACUUUUUUAAAUAUUGAUUCUGAGCCCUGAAAGCUGCAUUGUUAGAAAAUAGGCCUCAUUAAAUAUUGAUCAGAAUUGUGAUAUUUAAUAUUGAUAGUUUAAUAUGGGCAUGCUCACUGGAAAUCCCUGGAAUUUGAAUGAAACUUCUGAAUUGGGUAGUUUUAAACGUACAGUAUACUGAACUGUAGAUUUGCACUGCCAUGUGUUCACAAAGCCUCUCUGAUGAGUCUAAGUGUGUUCUUUAUAUUCUGUCGCUCUGUAGAGAGUUUCAAUCCAACCAAUAGACUUUAUUACAGUUGCAAAACAUGCUCACCAACAGGGAUGUCACGAUUCUGAGUCUUUCUCCAACAAUAAUUAGAGUCAGCUGUCUCAGUGUUUACUCUAAGGUACAGUCUGGAGUACUUAGCAGAACAGACUACAAAAGAAAAACUAGAAUAUAACAUUCAUGACUGUGUUUGAAUGAGGGUUUCAUCACCUGGAUUUCAAAAUCAAUAGCUGUUACGUCUACAUAACAUGCAGGGGAGUGUUUCAAUCAACAAACUGACUGCUAGAUAUGACUAAAUACUUUGGUUCCCACGCACUAUACCUUUAAUUUUACUGUGAAACACAAAGAAAGCUUCAAGGAUGACACGGCUUAGCUUAGCAUUAGCCCGCAGGUGCAAUUGCAGAGACACCUUGGUCACUGCCUGAGCUGCACAGAAACAAGCUGUGACAUCCUCCUUUCUCUCUGAAGUCAGCAGUGUGGCAGCACUGUGGGUGUUGAUAAUGUAGGUUUGUGCACAGACCAAAAGCGAGAACAUUUUGGCCCGAAAUUCACCCUCCCAGACAUGUUGGCAAGCCACUCGCUGCUCGUAAAAAAAAAAACCAAAGGCUCUCACAGUUUGGAUCCCUCUGUUCUUCUCCAGGAUCUGUUCCUUGAUUAACUUCACUGCUGUUCCAACCACUCCUGGCUCAGCAGAGUCCGGUUUGAUGACCUGUUAGUGGGGUCAGACUCUGCUCAGUUCUUUGCCAGCCUGGACAUUACCAACCAGCAUUUAGUUUAUCUGUUUCUUUCAGGGUCUGGCUCACUGCAGCAGUAUGAGCCAAAAAUAAAGAUGCUACUGUGAUUAUGUUUUGAUAUAAAUCAUGCUUCCCCAAAAAUACUGGAAUCUGUACGUCAUGAUGCAGAUUUGAAAAAAGUAAGAGCUCAUGCUUCGUCAGGUCUAUGUGUAUUUUGUAUUUGCAACAUUUUCAUGCUGUAAUGUUGGGAGAAACAUGCUGCAACUUCAGAACACAUGCAAAAGUCCUGAACAAAUGCAACCGCAGAAACAUGCAACAAAAAACUGCAAGCUUUGUAUUAGCUUGGAACACGCUGUUAAUACUUUAAUAGAUAGAAAUCUAAAAGUGCACAAACACAGAAAACACAUGCAAAAGAAAAACACUGCAUUCAAGACAUGAGUGCAGAGAUGUGCACUGAGGACAUUGGCGUAUCAGUGACAUGAGCUGAUUAACUUUAUAAUACUAUGUCAAAAAUAUAUAUUUAAUUUAAUGUUAAGAUGAGAACAAGGUUCACGAUAAAUUUAGGAAUUCAAGGAAGAGCAACAGUGGCUUAAAGUUUUAUCUAGCCCUAUUGCUAAUGCACACUGUACACAGUGAGAGGCAGACUGGCCACUCCUGCAGGUAAUUUGUAGUUGAAGCCAAAAGAGAAGCUGAAGUUUCCGCAAUGUAUUUUACAAUAUGCUCUUCAUCUAUUAGAGACUAUUCCGGGAUCAAAUGUGAGUGGGUUUUCCACAUAUGCUAUAUAGUUGUUUUUGCCCUCACAGAGACUCUGCUACUGCUUUGUCUACCAUCAUGUAGUCUAAUAAUGAGUUCACUAGCUUGUCUUUCUCACUUUCACCAUGAAUAAUAAAUUAUCAUGAAUUGCUGCUCUGAGUGCCCCCCACAAACUCGGAGUACUUCUGAAGUCAAUUCUCCAUAUGCAGCUUUUUUCUGGGUCUCUAUAUUUGCACUGCCAAUUAAGAGUGUUUUGAAGCAACUAAUUUUCUCAACUCAGGCCUACCAACUAGUCUAAGAAGAAUAAAACACUAAGGGAAUGGUCAAAUUUUAGUAGACUUUAUCCAGCACAGUCAAACACUGUCAAACAGGUAAACACUGUCAGGUUGUUUUCUGUGUAUGGCCACCAUCAGCAGAGCUGGCACCACCAGCCUUUAGUCCUCCCUGCAGGUCUACAUGCCUGUGGUAGUCACACAAGUUUUAUGCCAGUUUAACCAGACACAGCCCACAUUCAAUUUAAAAUAUAGACAAACUGCACCAUAUUAUGAGAAGUUAUCCAUACAGUCCUAAAUAGUGACAUGUGGCAGCUCAGACACAACAUACAACCAGCAUUUUAGACAUACGGUUAUAAUUUUUAAACUGAGUCCUUAUGUAUUUAGUUGACUGAAUGCACGCCAUGUUUGCAACACAUUUAAUGUGUUAUUUUAAAGUGAACCCUUUGUUUAAAGGCACUGUGAGGAAUUACAAAAGUGGUUGAGGUACAGAGAGAAAAUAAUGUUGAUGCCUCUUCUUGGCCCUUCAAAAGCAAACAAAACCAUCAGCAAUAAGACUGAACUUUUCUCUGUUGUAUUGUUUAAUGUCUGAAUCCAUUGUAAGGGGGUAGGUGUCAAACCAGAUUAUUGACAGCAUGCUUAACAAACCUUUUUUUUUUUUUACUUGUUUACAGCGAAUACUCUCAGUGAAAAUUAUAAUUCUCCCUUAAAGUCCCUUUUUUUUUUCUUUUACUACUUAAACUGUUCUCAGUGGUCUUUAAAUUGUGAUUAUGAAGUUUUUUGCCAAAAUCACAUUACCUGUGUCAUUUUCAAGGUCUUUUCUUCUCCAAGAGCUCCAGUAGCUCUUUAGCAAUUGGCCUUUGAGUCAUGGGCGGAGACAGCGCUGCUCUGCACACUCCCCUUCAUGCUAGCUUGCAGCCUAACAUUGCCAGUGUAGAAGAAGACACAGGUAACAUAGGAGCUAUCCAGCUCUCGCACACUAAUGUCUUUGGGGACAUGAUAAAAGUUAGUAUCAUAAUUAGCUUUUUUAUGAGCAUUGCAAUCUGCUAACACUUACGCUUGUUCCACGAUCGUCCUCUCUAUUUCUCUGAACCUGGCUUGCAUAGCGGGGCUCAGGGGGCGGAGCUUAGAUUUGCUAGGUAGGAAAUCUAACUGUAUCUGAUCUGUCGUUUGUGUCUGCACAGCGAUUUGAAUGCAGAAAAACUAACUCAGAAAUUCACAUUUAGUUUUCUCAUGAUAUGUCUAGUAGCAUCAGAAAAGUGCCAUAUGAACAUGUAAAAAGGAAACAUGAUUUUCAUUGAAGUGGUUCUUUAAAAGACAGGGAGAUAACAGAUAUAACUUUGUCAUCAGGGGACGCCAAAGUGGACACAAACCAAAGCUCCUCACAGCAGCUUUAACCAGGGAAGAAAAAAACAAACUGAGAUUAAAAAUCUACUUUCAAGAGUGUCCUGGCAAAGACAGGCAGCUGUUGGUGCAGUUAGUCUGACUGUUUUUUAUUGCCUAAUUAUGCCAUUGGACUUUUGAUUUCUUUAAGAUUUUGCAGCACAGUUCUGAUUUGGCAGCAUGUUUUUCCCAAUGAAGAUUACUUGGGCCGCUGCAAAUUGGUUAGCCUGUCUGCAUGACAAUGAGCAAUCAGCUAUGUCUAAAUCUGCCUGUUUCAUUAGGGGGGGUAGAUUGCCAAUUUAUGAAGCUUUCUAAUAAGAUCUCACAUGCUUGUGACACAGCUUCACAAGAUGUUAUGUGUGCAAGAUCAAUUUGUUGAUUGUUUUGUCUUCCUGUGUCGAGCAAUAACGAUUGUAAAAGCCUUCUAAUUCACGUUAUUUUUACAGCCUGCUGUAAACCUGGUUCUUUGCAUUGAUUUUGCACGUGAUGUUAAAGUCAUGUUAAAAAAUUCCUUUUUAAUUGUCUUAUUUGCAUACCUAAAAGUAUCUAUUUCUUCCAUCACUUUCUAAGCUGUAUGAAGAUGAUUGUUUCAUUAACUUUUCUACUAACAAGCAGCAGUAACACCCUGAUGAAUUCCAGCUCUGCAAACUGUUAGCUUUUUUAAUGCUCAGACCUGACUGCAAACAAGAAAGAUGGUGUUUCACUCAGAAUGUAAAUGUUCCCAAUAAAGUGAAUAAUAAAGUCAUUUCCCACAUGUCUUAAUCGGAAAAUGCUAUAUUUAAGAAGUAACUUAAGGAUUAAGCUGAUCCACAGCCUGCAGCAUCACAAUUUAAAUAUUGUGAUAAUCAGGAUAAUAGCUGGAAAUUGGUGUUUAUGUGAACAUGUUUAUCACCAUCAGUGCUUAGAAAAUGUGUUGAAAAAAUGAAAUUUAAUGUGUUGGAUUUGCAGAAUCGUGACACCCCUUUCCCUUCACUAUGCAGCCUGCACACAGUUAGAGCUGAUUAGACCGUCACUGUCGAAGACGUGUGUGCUGUUGUGAAAGUAUGUAAUGUCCAUGUGUAGAUAAACAUCAACUCCUGCUGUAGUGGUGGUUGCCCCAGAGUUGACUCUCCUUAUGGUGUGGUCUAUUUCCUGGAAUCCACACAGAAAAUGAAGCAUCUGAUUUUCAGUUAUUAAACUGUUGCUGACUUACA